AUGAAGACUGCCUACACUAACGCCUAUCGAUGCCUGGCCAAGGACCUGGACGCUUACGCCAUGAAUACGGACAUGACAAUGGACGGCAUUGGCAGCCUGCAUGGCGGGGUGGCGGUGAGCUCCAUGCCCCCUGAUGCGGAGCUGAUGAGCGGCCACAGCCCGCACCACGGCCGCGGGGGCUCCUCCGGGGGGCAUGGGGCGGCAGCGGCAGCGGCGGCGGCGGCAGCGUCCACCCUGCGGAUACAUCAGGACCUGGCCGCCGCCGCCGCGUCCUCCCGCUCGGCAAUGGUGACCGGCAUGGCAACAAUCCUGGACGGCAGCGGGGAGUACCGUCCGGAGCUGUCCCUGCCGCUGCACCACGCCAUGAGCGUCCCCUGCGACACGUCCUCUCCCGGGAUGGGGAUGAGCGGCACAUACACCACCUUAACCCCGCUGCAGCCGCUGCCCCCCAUCUCCACCGUAUCCGACAAGUUUCACCACCACCAUCACCACCAGCGGCUCUCCGGAAACGUGAGCGGGAGCUUCACCCUGAUGCGGGACGAGCGGGGGCUGCCGGGCAUGAACAACCUCUACAGCCCCUACCACAAAGACCACAUGUCCGGGAUGGGUCAGAGUCUGUCCCCGGUGCUGGGGAACGGCCUGGGCUCCAUACACAACACCCAGCAGGGUCUCCACAACUACGGCACCACGACGCACGGAGGCCACGACAAGAUGCUGAACUUCGACGCGCACCACACCGCCUCCAUGCUGGCCAGAGGGGACCACCACCAGCACCGAGGCCUCUCUGGCCCCACGGCCGGGAUGAUGCCGCACCUGAACGGGAUGCACCACCCCGGGCAUCCGGCCGUAUCCUCGGCGGGCCACCAUCCCCACUCCCACCCCCACCUACAGUCUCCGUCCCACGGGCCAGUGUUGGCUUCCACCCGGGAAAGACCGCCCUCCUCCUCCGGGACGCAGGGGGUGAACAGCUCGGGGCAGCUGGAGGAAAUCAACACCAAAGAGGUAGCGCAGAGGAUCACGGCGGAGCUGAAGAGGUACAGCAUCCCCCAGGCCAUCUUCGCCCAGAGGGUGCUGUGCCGCUCCCAGGGAACCCUUUCGGACCUCCUGAGGAACCCCAAACCUUGGAGUAAACUUAAGUCAGGCCGGGAGACCUUCAGGAGGAUGUGGAAGUGGCUGCAGGAGCCCGAGUUUCAGAGGAUGUCGGCCCUUAGACUGGCAGGUAAGAGCGCUGAAACAAACCGUGGUGCCGUGGAGCUCUUUUUAUCUCUUCGGUCUCUGUGCGUAAUCCUGAAAUAACUCACAUAAUUUGGAAAUUCCUAACCCUUUGCUGGCUUUGUUUUGGAGUUUCCUCUUGUCUGCACUCCGGUGGAGAUGAAUGAAUUUUUUUCAGAACCACUGGUGUUAUGAUUACCAUUAUUGAUCAAUAACAAACAGGGAUCGAUACGAAAUGACAAGGUCACGGGAUUUCCCUCCAACAAACAGACCUCUCUGUCUGCUCUGCUGUAACCUACAUUUUAUUUUCCCAUUUUUGCGCCUUCAGAAGAUAGAAAUACUGUUCAUUUUAAAAUGCUUUGAAUAAUAGUGCUGUCAGAAAGCUUCAUUUUGAAUUUGAAAAUCAUUUGAAAUCGUUUUUGAAAAAAGGAAAUUCAACACUUAAAUGCAGGAAAUAAUUUAUCAAUUAGAAACACUUUAGUUUGUCUGUUUUAGAUGAAAUUAAAGCAGAGUUAUGAAACGUUUCCUGCUUUUAUUUGGUAGAUUCCUCUCUCAGCUGCUGUGAUUUGUUGUAUUCUUGUAUUCCUCUGGCAGAGGUGUGUGAAAGCAGACAGAGAGGGUCUGCAGAGGGGUUGUAUUUCAUGGUGAAGACCCUGAGGUGAUCACACACACACACACUGUGACACACACACACAUAUAAAGGUCUGCAGCAUCGGUGGGUCUGGUGCCCCCCCUAGUGAGGAAGCCGCUCUCUGUCCCCUCAGUCAGUCUCUAUUGUCUGUAAGGGGGACCAGAGAGCAGCAGGGACCCGACCAGGUGGAUGUCAGGAUCAGGCUGAAAGUGUGGCAUGUUGGUCUUUAUUAUAGCAGAGAGCUGAGUGCUGCUGUGGCAAGAGUGUAAAAGAUCAGUCUCUUUUAUAUGACAGAGGGGCUUAUUUUGGUCAGAAACUUUGGAUUCUGCUGGUCUGAUACUCGUGCAUGUUUGAGUUUCAUGUUACCUUUUGAACCACAAGAUUGAAACAUUUGCAUGUGAGUUUCUGUAAGUGAUCAGUGUACUGAAAAUUAAUUUGCAUAUUAAAAUUUUAAGUCUUUUUUAAAAUUUUAAAAGUCUAAAAAUUAGAUAGGAUUAUGGACAAAAUAGCAUAACAAGGUGCAAAGUUGUGUUUCUUCAAUGCAAGUCAUGAAAGAGUCUAAUUCACUAAAAAACAUCAGUUCAGUUUAGAAAAACUCACCUCUUUAGGUAGAGCUGUGUCCAGUGAUAAGACUGUUUUUAGCUCAUUUUAGAGUGGUUUAUUUGUGCUGCAUUCAGUGCCUUUUAAUGGUUUGAAUUACUGAAAAGAGAACAUGAAUUUAAUUCAGUAAAACCAGUUUGGACCUGCAUUCAUUAGCUUUUUCAAGCAAUUAACACAGAGUAUAACUUGUACUGUCAAAAAUAAAAAUAAUAAUAAAAAAGGGAAUGAAAUUUGUCCAUAAAAUUAAACAUCUAAAAAUGAUAAUUAUCCGCGAAAAAAAAAAAAGUAUUCAGUUUUGUUGUUAUAUUUCUCAGUAGAUUAACACAAACACCUAAAUCAUGAAAUGGAGACAAACUCAAUUGACUUUUUCAGCUACAUGUUUUGUGCUUAAUCUGUUUUAAUUUAUAAUGCACUAAUGCAACACACUGACUGGUGUUUAUUGGUUGUAAUCCUCGAAUAGAUUUCAACCUCUAUAGAUUAACACCAUGAACCGCAACUUUGCUAAUUUUAAACCUGAGUUAGUGUCCAGUUUUGAAAACCGUUUAUAUUAUCUUUUAUUUUCUUUGCUUCCACUACAUUUAUUCAAAAAAUGACUCUUUCUGUUGUUGACAUCUCCAUAUUUCACAAAAACUUUAAUGUGCAAAAUUUCUCAGUUUGGCCUGAAAUUUUUGGAGGAAACUGUAAAAUAAAAUUGCAGAUUUAUGGAGACACAAACUCAACAAAUCAAACCAUUUUAAGGGCUAUUUGCAUUGAUAACAGAUUUGAGAAUAGAUGUACUGUUUCUGUUUGUCAAAAAUAUAAUAUAAAUGACUGGACAGAAAGUAUCCAUCUGGAAAAGUAUAUAAGAUUAUAUCUGAGGUAGCAUUUAGACAUGACUUGUGCAGUUGUCACUUUGACUGACUUAAUAACUGUCAUUUCAUCAAAGAGUAUCUGUAGUGGUUUGUAGUGACAUUUCUGUCUCUGGAAUUUAAAGUUUAUUUUUUCUUUCCAUGAAAAAUAACAAAAUCUGUUUGAUUUGGAGUUUUCAGAUUAAUUGAAAGCUUAAAUAUCUUUAAAAAGUGAAAAUCUUUAGUUUUGAUUGGCUGGUGGCGGGAAAACUAUCUUAACUAGUAAUUUGUUUAAAAAGUGUUGAUGGUUUUGAUGCUGAAAAAGUGUCCUAAUUUAUGACACUUUUACACCCCUCUCACUGGACAGUGUUUUCCUGUUAAUAUAGGUGAAUAUAUUCUGCUUCAUUAAAACAGUUACUCUAAAACUUGUACUCUAUAUUCAGUUUCACAACAUUUUUGUAUUUCUAUGAUUUUUGUACUGUGUGAUUUUAUUUCUUUUUUUAGAAUAUUUUUAAACUGUAAAUUCUGAUCCAAACAUCCCCCCAGAAAGAAGUCAAUUCAUGGUUUAGAAGAGAUUUACUAAAAAAUUAUAUUAAAAAUGACAGAAAACUUUAAAGAGUAUUAAAUUCCCUACCUGAUGAAAGGGAUAAUGCACUUGUAUUUCAGAAAUACUGAGUUAAUCUGAAGGGGGAACAUUUAUCCAAAAAUAAAAAGCAAAAGAAGUCAAGAAGAAAUUUGUAAGAAAUGUCAAUUCUGUGUACAACAGAAGUAAACACAACACAAAGAAAUAAAGAGUAGAUGAUAAUGACAGCAAUUGUAAUUAUUACAUAGAUUUUGCAGUGAGGUUGUAUGUAUAAGAUAAACCAAAUAUUAUUAUUGAAAGUUGUAGAAAUAUGAAUUUGUCCUUCUAAAUAUGAAAAUGAGUCAGUAUCAUCUUGAUGUUUAUAUUUUAUGUUUUUAUUUAAGUGAUUACUGAAGCUGAAUUAACUAGACUGAAAGAAUCCCUCCACAAUCAUGGUAGGGUGUGUUUUUAAAAUGAUUAUUACAGAGAAGAGCUAUAAUCGCAGUUACACUGUAACCCUAUAAUAAUUUUAAAAAUCAUACAGUUAAUGCCGUUACUGUGCAGGUGAAAAAAACAAACAAACAUGGUAAGAGCUGAGAAACUGAAGAAAGAAUAAGAACCAUGAGGUAGGUUAGAUCAGUCAUUAAGGGAUUUUUAUGCAAAAUAUUAAAUAUUAUAUGUUUUGGUGCAUUAAAGAGGCAUUUCAGAUUACUAUUGUUUUACACUCACACACCUACUAACUCAUGAGGUCAUUUUACACAAAAAAAACAAAACAUUUCUCCCCAUAGAAAUCAACUCUUAUUUAUCAGAUUUAUGUUCUGUUAUAUCCUCUGGUAUCUAUAAUAUAUUUCCAUUUUACUUUCAGAAUGAUAAUGUGUUUUUUAUUGGAGGUUUUCACAGAUGGUGUCAUAUUUCAUAGCCAUGAUUUCAUCUGACUCAUGAAGUUUCUGGCAGUGUUGACUCUAGUAUGGCUGCAACAGAUUGCAGUGUCUAUUGGUAAUAUCUGUAUUACAUCCUUUGAAAUUUAGUCCUCAUGUUACUGUGUUUCAAACAAGAAAAUCUGCAUGUAGGUAGACAGUCUCAAAUAGCCUGUGAUGAUACAACAGUCUUGCCUGCAGAUCUUUCUCAGAGUCAUUUUCUUGAGUGUAAAUUCACACAGUGAACAAGCCUUAGGUACUUGCAGUUUCUUCAGACGCAAGUAUUGCAGUGUCUGAGUAUGGAAGGGUAAUCAUGCCAAAAAUUAAGACUUUUUCACCAUCUUACCUAGAGGAAUGGACUGUUUUGUUCUUCAAUAUUUUGUAAGAUGCAAUACUUUAAAGCACCCUAAAAUUAAAAGUUGACAUGCUGCGUAAAAGAAGAUCAUUUAAAGCGAUCAAGAGUUUUUUGUAUCAAGUGUAGAAAAAGUUGUUUGGAAGUUUUUAUUCUGUUAUUAUGACAUUCAUACAUUUAUAUUCUCUGCACACACUGGCUUACAUGACACCAUGAAUUCAUACAGUCUGGGGUCAAAGUGUGUAACAAGUAAACAUUAUAGGACAAGAGAAGAAAAUUAAACAAAGUACACACUGACACAUGAAAAUUCACAAAUUAAAGAAGCUAUCUUGUCUUCUUUUGCAGGUUUUUGAGACAGUAUCAGCAGCAUGAGCACAUUAAAUUAUACAGCCCCCACAUUAUUUCAGGUUUGAGCAGUGCAAAGGAAAAUAAAACUUGGUAUCCACUUUAUCCAAAUCUCAAAGCGCACAAAGUCUGUUUGUUUUUAGGGAAAUUGGCAGAGGGAGAAAAUUGAAGUCUUGACUGUGUGACCAAAGAUCUUUGGCUUUUAGAUGAAUGACAUUUUACAUAAUGUUGGGUUGAUAUUUUAUUUAAAAAAACAUCCUCAGUUUGGACAGUUUGGACUGAACAUUUUCUUUCAGUUUUUCUUGAAAUAUCAAUAUGAGGUUUUACGUAUGGAAUCAACGUUACAGAACAGAUUAUUCCUGUAAACAACAACAAAUCUAGCUCCUCAAAAAACUAGCACAACUCCUUUGCCCAUGGAGAGUUGUGUGUUUUACUCCACAGAAAUACAUAAAAGUAUUCAAGUUUAUACUGAGAUAAUUCAUCAGUACCUAACCAAGUCCUUUAAAGCCCUUUCAGGUCAGAUAUUUCAACAGUCAGUUUGGUCGAGUAAGGGCCAGGAAACAUAAUCCAGAUGCUAACUUCAUUAGACAUGAAAGUACAUCUUACAGGGCUAACUAACUGGUAAUGUUACUGCGAACUGAGUAGCUUCAUGUACUCCUAUUUUCUGAAUAGUUUUUGAAACCAGUACUUAAACUUCAGUAUUUUCUGUAAAAAGAAUUAUGAUCGGCUACAGUUUAUAUGAACUUAAUCGCCAAGCAGGAAACUACUCAAACCUAUAAGAUUUCCAUUAACUGAAUGACAGCCAGCUCAUUAGAUGAUGUCAACAUUACAAAAAACUCAACUCUCUCCUGAGUAGAUUCCUCUCAAUACUCAAUGCAUUUUCAUGCAAGGUUCAAAUAUGCAUCUUAAAUCGAGAUAUUUCAAGCUAUUAAGUUCUUAUUUUUCUUAUAUCUGUCCUUUCCACACAGCUAACUAUGGACAAGAGUAUUUAGAGACCAUCCACAAAGUAAUACCAACAAAUUAUAAUGCUGCUCAUUGCAAUGUGAGGGAAAAAAACAAUUGAGAAGGAAACUGAACAAAUUUUACGUGAAAAUAAAACGCCCAAAACUGUAUGUGCCUGACAAAACAAUGAUCCUAGACUGAGUGAAUUUGUGCUGCUAAACUAAACAAGUCCAGACAGAUCUAGUACUCAGUAAGACCAUUUCACAAAACAAGAAAGACUGGAAAGCUAAUCCCAGAGGGCCAGUUCUGAUCGACACUAAUCAAGUUUUAAACUGAAGCCCAAAGAUGAUGAUCGCCAUGUUGAAAAUGCUGACUCAACGUAACUUUUGACUUAUCUAGAAACAUACAAGACAUGGAUUGUAGCCUGGGCUCUGAUGGAGUUUCAUUCAGCCUCAAAGGGACACUUAAGUUAGUGCAGGUCUUUGCACUGCCGUAGUCUUUUUUUUAAUUUUGCAUUUUAUCACCCACAGUAUCAUUGGUGUAUUUGGUUAAGCUCAUAAUAAAUUGCAUGAGCUUAUAUCUGCAGGAUAGGCUUUUACUUUCUCACACGGCUCAUUGUAUUUUAAGCAAAGUUUGUAGGACACGGUGUGAGUAGAGCUUGUGGAAAACAAGAUAAACGCUUACGCUGGUUUACUUCCUGUAUUUAGACAGUAAGCUAGCUCAGGAGACAGGAGUUAACUUUCUGUCUUGUUUACUAAACAUGAACCAUGGUUAAAGAAUCAGCUUGCUAGCAUGCUAACAAAAAAGUGCAAAGAAGUUUUCUAUUCAUCUGCAAACUGAGUAUUGUGGGUAAUGGGAAACUAUUUAUGUGUAAAAUUCCUUUUUUGUUUGCUUACAGUUACUUUCUUUUCUUUUCGUUUUUUAUUUAUUGAUCUCCAAGCUUCGCUGUUCAUUUCAUCGCUCCCUCUCUUCUCCUCAGUGACUUUAAAAUGUCUGUAGAUACAAAGGGAGCUUCAAUUUCUAGAUCAACAACGCUGCUAGCAACCAAUAGAGCUGAGGUCAAAGGUCAUAGCUGCAACACUGAGACAAUAGAUGGAGCAAAUAUCCCCCUGACCCUGAGAUGAGCCGAGAGAGGAGAGGAAGAAGCUGCAUGCAGGGGGGGGUAGGGGGAUGUAAUGAAAGAGAUGAGAGAUAGGGUUGGAUUUGGAGCUGCUGUUACAUUACAGCUGCAUUCAUAGUUCUGAAUGAAUGAUUCCCCUCCCUCUUUUUGAUUCUGUUUUCAGUUUCAGUUGAUUCUUCCUUUCUCAUGAAUACUCACUGAAUACAAAAACACGUAUGUUUUAAGUUUAUCUGUAGAAACAUGGUGGUGCAAGAUAGCAGCCUAGAAGAGGGUCUGCUCUUGUGUAGAUAUAAAGAACUCAGGCCUUUGAAUUGUAUAAACCAAUUGUUUGUUAUGCUAAAUCCUCCACACUGCAUCUUCAAAAAUGUCGGAUCAGCUUUCAUUAGAGUUCGAGGUUUUAUUUUUUGAGCGUUGGGGGUAGAUGAUUUGCUCAGCCUUAAAGUGUUGUUUAGAUUCUCUUUCACUCUGCUGGAAACUUCCUGCAGAGCUGAAUAUGACUGAUAUAAAGCAGUCAACAGAGAGCAGAUAUCCGGCUGUAAAUGGGCUGAGUUUUGUGUUUUUGUGCCUCUGAUUUAGAGUUCUUCUUUUUCUGCACUCCUCUUUGCUUUAACCCCACUGUUGGAAGUAAAUCCAUGGGUGCUCAGUCGCUUGCAUCUGAGCUCUUGGGAUUCAAGAUUCAGGAUUUUUGAUACACGCCCAUACAGACUCGCAGUGAAAUAAAAUGAAGAUGCCCAACAGACACGUGAAUAUUCAAAGAGUGACAAAAAGAAAUCAUAAUUAAAAACUUGUUAAAAAACAAAGGAGUGGUUAAGAAUAGUGAUGCCAUCUUCAUACAAAUAUUAACAAAUUUGAUGAAUGAAAAAUGAAGGGCUAACAAAAUAAAACAAAAAUACAAACAGGUUUAGAUUACAGGUUUGCAGCUGUAUGAGACAAAGACUGUACAGGACAAACUUCUGAAUCAUUGUAAAAUGUGUCACUCCUCGAAAAGCUCACAUGAAGCUUAGUUUUUAAGUUUUUCUCUGAGGGGUUUUGGCUUAUUAAGAAUUCUGAGAUAUGAUAAAUUUCAGAAUAAAAGCAUUAUUACUUUAAAUAUUGGAAAAGAACUGUGAAAAAGAAAGAUGUUGUGCCCUUCACGGCUCUACUUUUUUGUCUUUCUUAUACCUUAUGCAGAUGACACCCUUACCUCUUUUACUCUGUGUUUGAGCAGUUAGUGAAUUAAAUGCAAUUUGAAACUGACUCCCUUUGCAUGCUGACCAUUCAUUUGAAUUUGAUAAACUGAGAGUUUUUGCAUCUGUUACAGUACUAGCCAAGAUAACAUUUCAAAACUUAACCAAACCAGUAUUUCUUACUUCUCUAAAAUGCAUCAGUAACUGCAGCUUGGUUUCAGCAGAUGCCAGGUUUUGGCAUCACAUAUUCAGCUUUUGCAUACGGAAGUCGAAACACACUUCUUUUUGGUACUUAGCUGUCUCAUUCUUUGUCUUCUUACUUCAACCAUGUGGACAUGGACAAAAUGUUUUCUAGAUUUUUAAACAUUUUUUUUUUUGAGUGAGAAAAAAGGAAAUAAUGUGCACAUUGAAAAGAAAAACACUAUAACAGAAGCCAAGGUAAUCUUUGACAAUCUGAGGUCCUGUCUGGAGGCUUUUCUCUGUAUUUCUCCCUCUACCUCGUUUUGACUCUGUUCCUUUCUCUCACCAUAUCUCUCCUCGCUGGACCUGCCUCUCCCACUCUCUCUCUCUCUCUCCCUCUCUUUUGGGGGGAGGUAUUAUGUGAUCGUCCAGGGAAUUGAACACAAGAGCCGAGGCAGCAGCGGCCCGAUGAAUUAUUGAUGGGAAUCUCGGCGUGACCCACCUCGGUCUGCUCACUUCACUUCUUCUUCACCUCGCAGCCGGGUUAACCAGUCAAAAUGGAGGGAGGGAGAGAGGGAGCGAGGUGGAGGGAGAGAGGUGGAGUCCAUUGUUUGGUUGGAGGAUGCUGCCUUGCCUUUGACUCCUUGUGAAUUAUGGAUAAAAAGACUACAACGCCGAAAUCACUGUACGGAUAGAUGAACAGAAAAACGGGGGAAUUAAAAACUGAAGACCGCCUUAAUUCAGCUAAUCUUGUUUACGUGGCCCAUCAAACAAACAACAUGCUGCUUUUAGUGACUCUUUUCAAUGACAAUUAAAAUCUCAAUCUCAAAUAGAGGCUCUCAAUCAGAGACGUAAUCUGAUCAUUUCAGUCAAGACCACAAUUACUGAAACAAUUCCUCCGUCUUUGUCUCAUCUGCAACCUGCGAUUUAAAUGCCCCAGUUUUAUUGUAAGUAUAUAAUCAAACAAAUCCAACCAGACAAACAGAAAAUAAAACUAGCAACAGUCUUUUUAAAAAACAUCCAAAGAUACCCCUACAAAAAUGUACAGCUCUUAUAAGGAGGGAAGAAGAAGAAGCCAAGUUAAUGGUACAUACCUGUUUCAUCACAUUGUUGGUUUGCUUUUUUUGUGCCGUCAAUGAGAUGUGUCCAUCUUUUGGACAUUAUCUGUAUAAAUAAUUUGGAUAAAAAAAAAUUAAAAAAAGUGAAAUACUUCCAAGCUCCUGUGAGAAAAUUAGGAUUUCUGUUGAUUUUUGAAACAGUGUCUUAUCUCUCAGUGACACCCAAAUGAAGUCAUUGGGAUUAUUAAUUUUUCAGGCCUGGAUUUGUAAGAUUAAAAAUAAAAUCCUUGGAUGAAUGUUGGUUCGGAAAAUAAAGUGAGUUCACUGAGUGGGAAAGUGAUCACAUUAUCGUUGUUUAAGGAUAUGGUAUCAACUCACAGGUCAUGUUAAUAACUGCCUGGGGAUAUCAAAUGAUCCAGUACUGUAUGAUACAUUACAUGAUGGUAUAUUAUGAUGCUAUGACACAGUAUCAAACAGUACAAAACAAUUCAAUGCAAUAUGGUUUGUUAUGAUACAGCACAAUUCCAUACAAUAUGAUAGGAUACAGAAAUCUCUUAGGAGACUUGUACUAUUUUCAAAUAAAUCAGUAUUUUGUCUCAUCCCAAUCCCGACUCUGCUAAAAUAUUUUGGUACACUGAUUUCUUUUCCUCCUUCGUUUGCAAGCUUGUGACCCUUGUUGUCAUUUUUAAAAGCUUUUUAUUUGCCGUCAACAAAAUAAAAACCUUCCUUCAGCAUGAAAAGUGAAUCAGACGAGGAUUAUGCUCUCUGGGCUGCUCAGAUGAUUGUCAGUGUGUUGAGGGAACACCGCUAACUGAUGUUUUUUCAUAGAUUUUGGACAAUAAUGGAGCUUUAUGGCCCAGAAAAAUAACAGGCUUUACACAAACAGUUAUUGUUAGUGAGAUCAAUUUAAUCAAUGGGUUUGUUUUGGUCUUGUCAGGUUUUUAUCGACUAGGAGAAUUAUAUAUUCAAUCAGCCAACAUGCCCUGCAGUGUCUUCGAUAUAACAGAGCAGAAUGAAACCACUUAGAGUCAAAGUGAGCUGAAAAUCUGAAUGACUGAACCUAAAUAUUUUCCAUUUUACGCAUCCUGCUGCAAGCAGACACAGUGCAUUAUUUAUGAGCUGGACUCUGCUUUAUGACACAGAUUACCAGCAGUUACCCUGUGUGUGUGUCUGUGUGUCUGUCUGUGUGUGUGCGUGUGUUCGGUGUGUGUUUGUUCUCUUGGUUUCCGACUGUGGGAAUAUACUCUAUUUUGUGUCAGUUUCCAGGGUUUCUUUUUCUGACUCUCUGCAUAUUCACAGGCUGUUAUUGAUCUGAAUUAAUGGAUUUUAGGCUGCUGAGAGCAGACGUCUGAUGUUUGUUUGUGUGUCAGCGUGAGAAUAUUUGAUGGAUCCGGGGAUCUCUUUCCUGUCACGUUGACAGCAGUUCUGCAGACUGAAAACCGAGAGGUGACAAAGUCUGUUUCGUCUUUUACUGCUUCAGCUAAAAAUGUGGGAAGUCCAGAUGCCCUCAUACAGAGUAGACAGUCUUUGGCAAUGAUCUUAAACAUGUUUAUAUCACAGCUUGGCCGAGGGAGGCUGCAUCCACGUGGAUUUAUGUAAACACAGGUCAUUCGAAAAGGACAGAGAUGGUAAAGUUAAGUGAGGCAUCUGCUGCUACAAUAUAGUGACUUGUAGCCUCUAAAAUAAUCAAUACUUGGCUGAUGUUUUGGCAGAUUUGUGCUCUUUUUUUUCUUUUCUGUCUAUCGACUGUAAUCAUUCUUUUAAUACAUGUGAAUAAACGGGCAAAGGCACGUAGCUGUUGAGAAAAAAGAAAGUACUGAGUUUAUGAUUGGGUUUAAGUGAGCUCAGUGAGUCUACCAGCUGUUUGAGGCUACACUAGACACUACAAAUAUCACACAUCCAUGAAUAACUUUUGAUUUUAUUGGAUUAUAUGUGAAAACAUCAACAUCAUGGUGUAAAUUUGUAAGAAGUAAACUUAUGGUUUAAAGCCCAGUCCUCAAAAAUAAAAAUGCUGAUUGGCUCAAACCCUGAAAACAGGUAGUUUGAAAGCAACAGAAAGAUCAGAAAAUCAGGAAAUCUAAUCUUUGUUUUCAACCUCCUAUCUGUAGUCUGUGUUACUGAAUGCUUUAGGGAAAACUUUGACCCUGAAAUUCAGGAUUGAAUCAAACCCUGAAGCAAAACAGGGAUUACAAAGUCAGGUAAUCUAAUCCUUGUUUCUGAUCUCAAACCUUAAAUUUGUGUUUCUCAAAACUUCUAAGACAACCUCAAUCCUUAAAAUCAGGAUUGUCCUGAUCCCAGCAGAGGGCUGGAUUUAGGUUUAGGUUAAUAUUUUACAAAAUUUUAGAAAGCUUUUAAAUCUGUAUAACACAACAACAUUAAAACCACGAUAUUCAUACUAGAGACAUUUUUUAUUGUGUUGCUUUUAUGCUUCAGUGACCGAAACAAAGUUAAUUAAUUAAAGUAAUUAAAGUGUGUAGAAAUGAACAUGUCACGCAACAUCUAGCAGUCAGAUUCUACACUGACACGCCUCCUUGCUCAUCCCUCCCCCUGCUAAGAAGCUCCUGUGAUACAUGAUCAGUACUAUCAUCCGUAUGUUAGUUUUUUUUCCAUCUUUUCUUUUACUCCUCUUCUUUUCCUGACUGCUGCUUUUCUCUUUGAUACUCCCUAAAUACAAAAAUAUGUUUGGCCUCUACAAGUUUGUCCAUUGUGUGCUACCGUAGAAACAUGGCAAUACACAAUGACAGCCUCCAUGAACAGGGACUGACACCAAAAACAAAUACGUUGUUCUCAGCUAACAAAAACCACAAGGAUUUUAGACUCAGGUGAUCAUACACUAAUGUGGACAUUCUCACGCUUAUAUUAUUUCAACCAUGAAUCCUCUGCUAAAAUUUACUUACUGCACCUUGAACUGUCAGGAUCUUUCAGUUUGGGUCGAUUAUAGUGAGGUAAAGUAUUCAGUAGUCCUAGUUAGGGCUCUGUAGUCCAGAUUUGUUUCUUGAUGAUAAUGAUUUUAAUGACUUAAAAAUGAAAUAACUGAAACAAAACAAAGGAAAAAAUGUCUUUUCCCAGAUUUGAAUUAUUCUUUUGGUUUGAAGCUAAUGCAUAAAAAAGGGCUUGUUUCAACAGCAGCAUGUAAAAUUAAUCAUUGUGUAGCUUUCCCAUCGCCUUUGCUUUCUACUGGACUUGUAUUUCCUGGCGCGAGACCUCAUCUAUGGUUACCAGCUGUGAAUAUAAAGGCCCACUUACAUCUGUCAUUGUACCUGAAUAAUGUUUGCAGAUCAUUUCUGCCUCCGACUGCAUCAUGCUUCUCGAGCAGAGCAGAGCACCAGAUUCUUUAUCCAAACAGCCCGCCGUGUUUGGACUCUGCAACCUUCACUGUAGCCCCCAAUAAGAAAAUCAGAGGAAUAGUGUAGUGAUUUUUUGUUAAGACUGUCUACACUAAUUAUGGGACCCUGCUGUUGCUGGAGCGGUAGAAGUGUUUGCCGGGGCACACUGAGCCGCUCGGGUUCAGAGGAGAAAAUGGUCCUGUCGCCGCUUUAUUACAGCGGUCAAAUCAAAGGUGACACCUGAACUGUGAGCUCAUCGAGACGGAGAGCGGCGAGAAUACACACCGACGCGAUCAUUCAGAGCUGCACAACAUCGCACAAUCAAAGGAGCAUAUCUGAUUUUUUAAUAGAAUUCAACAAAUGUAAAAUGAAAUCUGUGCAUUAGAGGUAAUACCUCUCCACAGGACUAUUAUUAUGAGCCUGCGUUUCUCAGAUUACAGACUCCAUCAGUCCUGUUGUUUAGAGGCCUUCCCCUCCUCCAAGAGAAUAAACAUGCCAGAAGUGAUUUCUCUCCAUCACUCUGUCUCCUCCCAACAAUGAAUUCUCUUAAUGCUAAAGCCGUUUGUUGUCUGAUGUAAAGACUUGCAGCGAUAGGAUAUGAGAGGCCUGAGACGACAUGAUAACUGAUGUGUUUCUGCUUUCUUAGAUUAAAUCUAUCAAACUGUUAUUUAUUUCUUAGUGAGCGCCCUCGUAGAUGAGGAAAUGUAAAUGAGGUCUGUUGAGAAAAUCACAGCUGGUGAUUUUAUUAAAGAUCCUGUGACUAAAGCGAUCCACAGCGAUCACUGUGAGCAGCAGUUUGUGCAGAUACAACACAAGUGCCAAAGCUGACCACAUUCAUCCUUCCUGCUUUCAGCCCAAAGCAUCCUUUGCUUUUUGAGAAAGAUUAUAAUGUUGUAAUUCUUAAUGUGCAUUUAAAACAAAAGGCAGAACAGUGUUUAGUUGUGGUGCUACACGUUUGGGGGGUGUGGUCGCCUUUGGAAGCCUGAGGUGAUGUUUGACUCCUCUCAUCAAUUGGAUGAAUCAUAAAAAAGGACAGAUAGAUAGAUAGAUAGAUAGAUAGAUGUACUUUAUUAAUCCCGAAGGAAAUUCAAGAGUGGUCAACUGCUCACAAGAAUCAGUCACACACACAUAUGAUAUGAUAAAAACAGAUUAUGAAUAAAUAUCUAAAAAUAAAUAAAGAAAUAAAGAAAAACUAAUGGCAGGAGGGAGAACCAACUUGGGGACAAAGGCAGGGACAGGUAAAACAACACACCACAACAGAAACAGCGACAAUGAGGACAGAAGUGUUCCAGCACUUCUGCCUUUGAGAUAUUCCCCCCACACCCGCUUGACUCCAGCUACUCCUACUCCUCCUCCCGUCUCUUCCUCCCGCUCCGGGAGUUGUGCAGCCUGAUGGCGCGGGGGACAAACGACUUUGUGUGUCUUGUUGUUGAGGAGUUCAGUGAUCGCACCACUGUAGCUGACUAUAUCCAGGGAUAUUGAGAUCACGAUAGUUAAAAGCGAUUAUCCACGAUUAGACAUCUGUGCCACACACAUUUACACAAUUCAAAACCUCUUUAAAGCUUAAAAACUCUUCAUUUCUUGAAAAACAAAAAUAUAUAUUUUAGCUAAGUGGUUUAGCCGAUGUUUUUUGGUCGGAUGAUGGAUGAUAUAAUAUCAUAUGCACUGCUACUGAGAGGGACCAGUCAUCACUUUUUCACUUUAUAACCUUUGGCUUAAUUUUGGGGAUCAUAAUUACUAAAUUUAAUAACAGAUUUCACUUGUAGUAAAGUAUUUUAUGUAACACCCUUUGUAACUAGAGAUGCACCGAUUUUUUCCCGAUCCAAUCCGAUACCGAUAACUGGGCUAUCGGCCGAUAUCCCAGUCCAAUACCAAUCCAACACUACUGUUGAACGAAUGAACUGUAUACCUUGCCUUGUGAGUAAAGGUAUCAGGCUUGACAUUAGCCUUGUUAAAAAAAAGGUAUCAAAUUAACAAAGAUAUACAUUUACUUAAUAGUAUUUAUUAACAGACAACAAAUUGCACAUUAGCACACAGCAAAAAGAAGUAAGACUUCCAUGUAUUAAAAGAAAAAUUAAUAAAAAAGAAAAAAAGACUGGAUCAGAACGCUGGAUCGGCAUCAUUCAUCAGAUAAUUCGAUCCAGUUAAUUUUUCAAUAUCAAAGCCGAUAUCCAAUCCAAAUAUCGGAUUAGUGCAUCCCUAUUUGUAACAUCUAGAUUCGGGCUUGUAUUUUUGAAGUCGUGCUCAUUCUGUCCCUUCGCUUUUUAGACACACACACAGAUACAAACACCUGCCUCCUCCUGCUCUCCUCUCUCCAUCUCUGGCUUCCUGAUAGUUUGUAAGGCUGCUGUAACACAACAUGUUGUAGUAACAGCAGUCCUGGUGCUCCCUAACUGUGUUUCUCUUGAGCCGGGCUGCUUAUGAUGAAGCUCUUCUUGUAACAUACUUUUCUCCAGUUGGCAAAAGCAGCUCUCCAGCAUCCAUUCAUGUUGAACUCAAGGACUUGAAUCUCUUGUUGGAUUUAACAGGGAUAUCCAGCCAUGACUGUUGCCCUACUCUGAGUGACUAGGACGAUGUUUCCUCACCUGUUAACUGCUUUAGACAGCACUCGCUUUAGCUGUUGACAAAGUUCCCAUUAUUCAGCUUUACUCUUUGUUAUAAUACCUGCAUCUGAAUUAAAAAAAAUAUUUUUCAGCAUCAUAAAAAAAUUGUUUUCUGCAUUAAAAAAGCUUGAAUGGUAUUUGGUGUGAGGCUGGCACAACAGUCAGGAAAUCUCCACUGCGGUUGUUAAAUGUUCAAACUUUUUUAAGGUCUUAAAAGUGAGAAAUUCGCCCCCAAAUUUCUGCAGCUGGUCCACUUGAAACUUUUGGGUUUGGUGGUCUGCCUUCUGAAAAAAAAUGACGGGCUUUUUCAAGGAAAAUUGAAAGUAGACACACCUGAUCAGUUAUAACUGCAUAUAGACUUGGAUAUUAAAAAAAAUACACCUGUUUCUUUGAUUUACAAUCCCUGACAGAAAGCAUAAUUCUAUUAACCAGAUUACGUUUGUAGGUGAUGUAUGUCAAAGGGGCUUAUUUUGUACACGACACAGUGUGUUCAGAUUUGUUCAGUGAUACAGGUUAUAUUUGCUCUCCAUGUUAAAGUCUGCUGUUUAAUCAAUAUUUGAGACUCGUAGUAAUUCAGGUGAGAGCGGGGCGAGAACAGAGGUGGACUGACAGUCUGGAUUUAAGAAGAAAAGCUGAUGAUUUGUUUACAAUAAGUCUCUAACAUCACACAGUGUUAAUUCAUUGAUGUUUAUAUGAAGCAGAUAGAGCACCUUUAAAUAGACUGAGCCAGCUGAGCGCUCAUCUCCAAAUCCUAUUAAUUCUUCUCUGUCACUGCUGGUUAGUUUCUCUUUUUUAUGUCUUCUUUCUUUUGAAUUCUCUCUCUUCCUCUAUCUCCUCUCUCUUGUUUCCUACCUCUCUGUGUCCCUCCCUCCCUCGGGUUCAUUAGUAUUGGUGUCACAGCACGGCUGAAAUAACUCUGUCCUGAGGCGUAAUGAACGGCGACAGGCGGGACGAACCUGUCAGGCAGCGAGCAGGGUUUAUGGUCAAAGACAAAGAGUUAAAAAAACAGGUGAAAACGAAGGAGGUCUGGUUUGACCUUGUGUCUGAGCAACAUCCUCUAAAACAAACAAGGGAAUACAUUUUAUUUCCACCGUCACAAUCAGGAUUAUUAUCACUCUGACUGUUAUAAAUAUUAGGAUAAAUAAAAAACAACAAUGUAUAAAAAAACACUUUAAAUAACACUUUAAAAAUCCAAAUAUGAUUAAAAACAUUGAAGGUUUUUUUUUAAUUUUUCUGUUUUAUUUUUGUUUUUAAUAGUAUCCCAUUAAAACAUAUAGUUUUAUUACCAAAGGAGUUAUUUUUAAUGGAAAAUAUCAACUAAAAGAUGUUAAAUGUAACAUUGAAGUAUUAAAAUAAAAUAACCAAGACAGUGGAUUAGACUUGCGAUCAAAUUAAAUUUUAAGUAUACUUAUUUGUACAAGUCCAUCUUGCGUUUUAAUGUCUUCACAGUAGCCCAGAAAGGACAAACAAGUAACACACAUAUUUUCAUAUUUAGUGUAUGGCACAAAAUACACACCUUUGUAGGCUCUCUUAUGUCGUAUUUUCUUUUUUGCGUUAUACUGACAGUCCUUCAACAAAAACCUUUGACUUCUUCUGUAGCAUUCUUUUUUAGUUGAAUGCAGGAUAAGGUUUAAAAUGCAAAGACAGAAAGCGUACACCCUCAUACACCCUGGUGGACAUCACAAAUUGAAAGUCUAUAAUUUGGAGAAAGAAGAUCAAACUCUUUGAUUGCAUGUUUAGAAUAAAUCAAUAAAUCAAUUCUUGCACCAAAGAUUUACAUGAUGUCCACUCCAAUUGAUACAUCUGUAACUUUCUCAAAGUUAAUGCCAAUUAUUUUUAUUAUGUUAAACUAUAAUACGAAAGAAUAUUGCUUUUUAAUUCAUAAUUUGCACAUGAAAAUCUUAAAAUGAUUCCACAGCUUCAGAAACAGUGGACCAAACCUCAUACACAUUUUUACAAGGUCUUCGAAAUGUCUGUCCGCUGGUUGAACUGGUAGCUGUGUAUGUAAAUGUUGUGUAUCUAUCGCUAAUCAAUACUGUGAUGGUCACACACACCCACACACACAAAGAGGGAAGUCGACACACGCUCUGUUUGUUGUCCUUCCCGCUGCUGUCUCUGCUUACGUUGUUGUUGUUUUCUCUCUCUCUGUCUGACAGUCUCUGUGUGUUUGUCUCAAAGGUGUGUGUGUGUUUAAGUGUGUGUUUGUGCGCGUGUGUGUGUGUUUGUAAGUGUGAAGCAGCAGUUUUGGGCUCGGCCGUGCGUGCGGAUGGAUGAUGUGGAUCAAUGGCUGUAAUCCCGAGCAGAUUAAAAGAGCAUUAAUACUGGCAACGAUAACGUAAACGGUGUGGACCCAGAUCUCCAUUGAUCUGCAGGAACCUGAUCCAGACCAGUUCCUGGAAGAGAUGGGGGGAUGGAGGGGAAGGGAGGGGGAAGUGUAGACAGAAAGAGAGAGGGGAGAGAGAGGACAUUAUCCAACAGAGAGAAACAAGCUGUGUCUGAACAGCUCAUGGAGAUAAUAAUGUGAACAUAAUCACUCCAAGAAUCAAUUUUCAAUGCAAAUGAAUGGCUGAGUAAUGAAAAGGUAUCUGUUUGGUCUUUAAGGGAUAUGAACUCCUCCGAUACAUUCACAAUACAGUACAUACAGCAUCUUUAACACUGGAGUCUGUGAAAGGGAUUGCCUCCCUCCAUUUUUGAUAGGGUCAUUUAAUCUGUCUUGAUGAUAAAUGUUGCCCAUUAAAGUAAUAAACUCCUCAGAGCCUGCUGAGAAAAACUGAGCUGCACAUUAACACAUGGAGAAUUCCUACAAAUACCAUGAUGCAUUGCACGUCAGUCUUCCUCUGGUUCCUUACAGCAGCUGCGUACACUGACCUGGAGAUAAGACUCUUUGCAAAAACACUUAUGUACAUUUUGGGAUUCUGUUUGCUUUUUGUGAAGUGCUUUUGUUGCUAAUUUGCAAAAGCUGGAUGAUGUAUAGUGAAUGGGUUGUAAUGCAACAGGUGAACAUGGCUCUGACAUAAAGCCAGCAACUGAAAUAUCUACAAAACUGAGAAAACCUAAAGUUACGCCAGGGCCUUGUAUGAUGGAGUAUAAGAACCAUAUUUAAGAACCUUUUUUAUUUUAAUUUUUAUUUUUAUCAAACCGUAUGUGAGAUAUGAUAUGAUAUUUACUAUAUAUAGAGAGAUAUUAUAUCAUAUUAUGAGAAUAAUUUCCAGUUAGAGGUAACUGAGUUUAUUAUCAUGGGGAUAAUGAACUCCACAUUGCACAGUGGAAUGUGAAAAUAAGCCAUUACUCACAGAUCCUGUGUGUUUUACACAGAAUUUUGCUAGUUUUAUGUUGUUUACACCGAAUCUAGUAGUUUCGUUUAAGGUGUAAUUUCAGGUGUAAUUGACCACAGUACUACAGACAGGGGAAACAGUCUGUAUUUAAUUUCCUCUGUCACAGCAAACUUAAUUCUUAAAAUGAUUCAUGAUCUUGCCACCUGUCAUGAAACACCUAACUGCGUUUACUCCUUGCUUCUCUACUAGUGUGAUUCAAAGUAUCUAGAUGUUGCCAGAUGAUGUUUCUGUGUUUCUGACUGUUUAUCUUUUUGCUUUUUGGAUCAAAACCAUCACCUACCUCUCAGUUUUAGGAGGUUUCACUCACUUUUUCUUUUGUUAUGCUGUAGAUAUGUUGUCCUAUUUAUACAGAUGUGUGGUUCAUAUUAAAGUAUUUUUUAUCUUGUUUUUUGUUGUUGAACUUUUUAGCUCGUGUUGGAGGACUUUGAGUUUCAAGAGCCACUGUACUUAGACGUUUUACAGGCUGUGAUGAUGUGUUCAUCUGCUUCUCUGAACCCUUGUGACCCGAAAGUCCCACCUGAAAAUUGUCUGUCCUUUUCCCCGUAAGCAUGACAGUUUCUUUACUCACCUGCACAGUUUGUAUUCUUGGGCUGACCUUUUGUCUUAUCACUGGUACUGUAUGUGCUGAUUAAACCCAAAGCAAACAGAAAGCUCAGUUUGAGGGUCAAAUGUUGGUAUUUUCCCUGCUGCAGAUUUGCUGCUAAAAGCAUUAAAAGCGGACAGCUUGAUGAGAAUGAGACAGACGGAUUUGAAGGGAUCCUCUUCGAUUUGAUUGUGCCACAUAACAGGAUCAAUCAAGCUGAAUCUGUCUGUAAUUGGGUUAUGUUUCAUAUUGGAUGGAUGGGAUCCAAUUGUAGAUUUAAUGGCCUCUAAAGUAGGCAGGUUUAGCAGAACAAAGGAGGCAGACGCAUUUCAGGGAAAAAUCAAAGACAGGAGACACAAAUUAACCAGAAAUGUGCCAGAAAAAUGGGCAAACUGAAAAGAUCAGCCGGAAGAUGUUUAUGAUUCAAAUUUUUGAAAAGUCCAAAUUCUGUUCGAUUAAUUGAAGUGAAUGAAGCCUGUCUUCUGUCUAUCUUGUCAGUCGUCUAUCUCUGAGCUGCUUUUCAUCUUUCGCAACAGGAAAUCUGAUCAACUGGUAUCGCUUGCCGCUGAUCGUUCAGAGACAAACACGGCGGUGAGCGGUUUGCCAGGAUGUCCGUUUAUAGCUGCCCAACCUCCUUUUGAUCAAUCACAGAUUACAAUACAAUCUAUUGAUCAGGGAAUAUUAUCUGCCCGGCUGUGUUUGCUCUCCGCUGGAGCUGUGAGACUGAGCGGCUUCAGGCUGCCAAAAAAACAAAGCUGAUAAGAGAAGGUACUGAGAGGCUGGUUAACUCAUCAUCUAUUAGUCCAUCGGUGUGUGUCUGUCUGUGUGUUUGAGUGGGAUUUCUACACAAAGCAUCUCUCUGACGUAACCUUAAUGUCAACAUUCAGUAGGUCAAAGGUCAGUAAAUGUUUUCCCUGAACAUUUUCUGCUUUAGCUACAAACCUUUGCUUCUGACUUCAAACUUCAUUUACUUUUUUUUAACGCAUUUUAUUCUUUUAUUUUUUAAGAAAAAGGAAAAUUCUGCUUCUCUCUAUGAAAGGAAACUGAAACUUCAAAGUUUAAGUCAGUCACAACAGAACAUAAUUUUAAUAUUCAUACAAAUUACUAUCUUUUUGUUAACAAAUGAGCCUUUUGUAUUUACUGAAAUAGCAGGUCUGCUUCCACACGGAUGGCUUAUUUUCCACCGUCAUGUUUCUACGGUAGCCCAGAAUGGCCAAGCCAAAAAUAUACAAGUUUUUGUAUUUAAUGAGUAUCUAUGGAAAAUGCACCGUGCACAGCAUCAUUUGUAAGAAUUAGUAUUGAUAGAUAUUGACAAUGAAAACUUAAAAUGAUGGGUCGUACUGUGAUGCACCACAGAAGCUUUUUGUUAUUGGAGGUAACUGUUGUUGUAUUCACAGGAGAGGUGAGCAAGGGAGCAUUUCAGUCUAGAAUCUCUACACACCGCUGAAUACUCCCAUUUCUGCAUGCUGUGUCUUUAGUUGAUGGAAGUACAAACAGGCUUGUGUUGUUGCUGCCAGUGUAGUUAUUAUUAACAAAUUUUAUCUCAUUAGUUUUAAUAUCAUAAUGAUUUAUUUUCUUCAGUUUUAUUGAAACAAAGCAUUUCUUCUUCAAAGUCAGCUAUCUUUCGUACCUCUUUCUAAACAAUAUAAUUUCAUGGGACUUUCUGAAUAGACCUCUUGAUAAAUAUAUUUUAUUGUAUUCCUGUUUAAGAGGUUUCAGCAUCAGUCUGGUAAAACUGCAAAAAAGUCUGUAUCGGUAUUGUAUUAAAGCUACAGUGAGGAACUCUUGGUUUGUGUCUAUUUCAGCGCCCCCCUGUGGGCAUUGCUGGCUCUGCUGAUGUUGUCCUCCACAUGGAGUGACAACAGUGAUUUUCUUAUAUUACCACAACAAAGAGUUUGUAAUUAAAGUUUGUGUAUUGAUCACUUACAUAGAUGUGCCUGCCAAAUACAGUUCAGUCUUUGUAGAAAAUGUUAUUCUGUCUAAAUCUGUCGUUAAGAAACAUCCACAUGUAUUCAAGCUCAAAUAACGACUGGUGUAAGUAUGGUUUUUGUUUUUCUUUAGUAUUUCAAUAUAAAAGUGUAGAAAAAAAAAAUCCCAGACAGACAAAUAAAGGGUAAAUACCGAAGAAAGGACACAUAGGGAGAGGUGGAUGACACAAACUCCUCAGAGGCCAUUUCCCCAUCAGCUCCAUGACAUCACUGGGCCAACCCAGGCUGUGAUUGGUCAGCCGUUUUCUCCUGGUAAACAAGUGGCGAUACAUUACAGCGUGUGCAUGAGUGUGUGUGUAAAAGAGAGACAGAGAGAGAGGGAGAGAGAGAGAGGGACCUUUGUCCGGUGAUGUCACCGCUGACCGUGUGGAUGUACAGAUUAUUCACUGAUAAACCAUCCCUCUCUUCAGACACACACACACACACACACACACACACACACACACACACACACACACACACACACACACACACACAUUGAUUCAGCGGUUACACACUCUUCUCUCUCCUUCUCUGUUUCUGAGUGCAGAUAGUCAUGGAAAGAUUUCAGCAUUUAUUUAAUCUGACAUAAAUAGCAGGAUAAACACAAAUAUCCUACAGAGCCAUUUAUUCAAUUCAAUAAAGACAGCUAGUUUUUGAACAAUAUUAUGGAAUAAUUUUAUCUACAGGCUACCUUCUCAUUCAUUAAACAUCCUAAGGAUAAACUAGAACCAGUUACAUGUAUUUAAUUUGUCUUUCAGUACUUACCUUUAAAGUCUACUAUCAAUACGUGGAAACAGAAGUGAACACCCCCAUGUAAGGAGUGUUUUUUUAUAGAGACAGACCAAGAGCAUGGUUGGGCUGAUUAAUCAGGCUAAUUUUUGGUAUCUUGAAAGAAUCAGCAUUGGCAAUUUUUUCUGCUCAAACAGGCAAUCAGAAAUAUUAACCGGAUAAGAUCUGCAGACACUGCAGGCAGCUCCUACAGUGUGGUUGCCAUUGAGGAAUGUUUAUGUCCUCUAAAAAACUGUGCAUUUACAUGUUCAAAAAAGUCCUUUCAUUGCUUUAGUCCCGCUGAAGCUGGACUUUUAAGAAUCACGUCAACACUCCAGAACCUCGAUAAUGCCAAUGGGAAUAGAUUUCCUCUGUCAUGUAUACUCUUUGAUCACAUUUAAAACUGACCUUUGCGUCAUGCGCAUACUCCGGUGUGCGUACUUCCACAUUUGGUUGAUUGUUUCGAUAGGUAAUAGUUCAACCAGGAGACAACCCAAUAGUAUCAAGCUGAAAUGAGGUAUGUUGCACCCACACAGUUUUAGUCUAUUCUUUUCGUGCUGAUUCUGAGUGUUCGUUUUUCACACAGCUUUAGUUUAAUAAGUUACUCAAUACUAUAAAAAUGAUGUGCAACACUGUGAUUGACAGCUCUGUUAACAAGCAACAGCGAGACACAAAUAUACCAGAUUGACCACCUCUGAAGGCUCUACAAACACCAAUAGCGCAACAUGUCAGAGUACUCAGAGAAGAGGGUUUUGGCUUCACUUUUGAAUUACAGGAGGUGUUGGAGGCAAGUUGUUCAUCUUUAUCUGCGACCAAUUAUCCAGAGGAGAGAAAGACUGACUGGGAGGAACCAAAAUACUCAGCAUGAAAAUAAACAUGAGUGCUUUUGUAUCACUCAGCUGAUGAAUUGUUAAAGGAGACAUACUCUCACAGAUUCAUUCAUGCUCUCAGAUGAGUUGUGUUUGAGCAGAGAGCAGAGACAGAGGGAGACUUCAGUCUGUUCUUCCAUUUCCGGUUAUCAUCACAAAACAGAUGGAGGGAAGCAUCAUAGUGCAUUAAGCAUGGACACACACACACACAUGCACAGACACACACAAAAUUGCUGUAUAGUGCUGACUCCUACAGUGGCACGUUCAUCUCUCUCUGUGUGAAUUUGUUGCUAAGAAACACUGCAUUAGCUGUGUCUGCCGUGCUCAGUGUGUUUGUUUUUACACAAAUUUCCCUCAGAGUUGAUUUCUCAUACUUAGUUGUAGCCUUUUUGUUCACAUGUGAUGGUAAAGUUGCUUUUUAUGACUCAUUGGCCUUGUUUUUUCAUGAUCAUAUGGCCUGUAUAAGUUUGUGAGGGACAAUAGCACCGUAAACAAGUAAAGCUAGGAAUUAUCAAUGAAACACACUUCAUCGUCGGCAUAUAAGGAUCUCCAAACAUGGUACAAAGUAGAAUCUUUGACCCAAAGCUUAAAAGCUAAACUUCAAAUAUAUUCAUUCAGAUGAACUUAUGGUUAUUUUUUGAAGAUAGAGUUCAAAGAAGGCUCAUGCUCUUGUAGCUAGAAUGAGUUAUUGGGCUUGAACUCCAUCUUAAUGGUCCUGCAUCAAAAUGGUCUACCUGUUGGUUGGCUCUUUGAGUUUUGCUGUUGACCACUUGUUUUUUCCCCAAUUUUUUCUGAAUGCACAUCAUGAACAAGAUACUGGGCACAAUGAUAGCUCCUGUAAAGUCAAAUGAAAAUGGUUUGUCCUGCAUAAUUGUCCAAUGAAGUUUAAUUGAAGGUAUAUUGGCAGGUAAACAACUUGCUGGUUUUGUAUUGUUCAUUUACUUCCUAUGGCCCAAGCCUGGACUUUUGUCAUUUCGUCAUGACCCAUCUGUUAACUUCUGUUGGCACACCAGAGAGCUAGAUUUUAAGGACUUGACAGAGUCCCAGUAAAGACUUCCUUUCCUGUGCAUUGUCAUUAUUUUUUGGGAGAUGGCUAAGGAUUAGAUUGUUAGCUGCACAUGUCUACAGAUAUCUGUUUAUAGUGAUGGAAUCAGGCUUGGUUGUCAUAAGAUGACCACCAGUUGGAUUCUGUAUUUCACUCUGUACGAAGAUAACAAGUCAUUCAAAAAACUGAUUCAUUGUAAUAGCUGGAGUUUUAAUUUACCUGUAAACAUGUUAGUCCAACUAAAAUCAUUCUGAGUUGAACUUCUUAUGGUUGAACAGAUGGGGAUUGUUUUUCUCCGUCAUGUAUACUCUUCUUUCUGACUGAAACUGUCCUCAGCAUUCUGUGCAUGCUCAACAGUUUACAUGCCAGGCUUUGGCUCGCAAUUUCGAGGGUGUAAAUGGGUUGGUAUGAAGCUGGGUAGUAAAGAAAACCUUGACAGAUAAAGAAAGAAUGUAAAAAAAGUGUUUUGAUUGUUUGAUGUACACCCAGCGAGCCACUUGCUAAUGCAUUUUGUCGAUUGUUAUGGUUCUUAAAGGGAUAGUCCGGCGUAAAAUUAAUUUAGGGUCAAACACACCGUAACACCGAGUUAGACUCCCCCUCAAGAGUUGAAUGUUGCCGACCGCUUGCUUCUCUAGUUCUACCAACUUUAGUAACAACAGCACGAUAGCAAUACACAGCGGAUAAUAGCCACAGAUAAUGUUCAGAACAGCACCUAACUUCAUCAACAGUACAUAUAGAGUCCUAGCCACCAAACAUCUUUUUAACUUUGCCUAAUUUCUUUAGCAAAGAGACCAAACACAACUCGCCUACUCUCUUCCAGCAGCCGCUUGUUUGUAGUGAGACAUCAGGCCAGUCCAUUAUGGACUGCUGCGGGGUGACGCAGCUCAAGGAAGAACAUUUAUGAUCAUUACUUUAUCAUUUCCUUGAAGUAAUAAUCUUCUUCUGCCUUAGCGUCUCGGUCUGAUCGCAUUUCCAUGAAGAAAUGAUCAUAUCCCUUUAACAGGUCAACUGGGAGAUGACCCAGUAAUAAGCUGAAAUGGGGAAUGUCGUCACCUGUUGUAUCAGAGUCAGACUUACUUCUGUCAAUUGAUCGUUUCUUGCUCGAUGCUCAUAAACAGGGACUAGAACAGUAGUCCAGUUAAAAUCACCAAACCAGCUUAACCGUGCGUGUAAACAGACUGAGAUGAAUUUCAUGAGAAAGACUUCUCAAAGAUAACAUCUGCUACACUUGGUCAAGUUUCCCGCCACUUUUGGUUCUCCUUAAAGUAGUUAGAGCUGUAAUAAUGUAGUUUAAACCUUGAGUUAUUUUUUUCAUGAACCUUUGCAGAGAAGAUUGGACCUACUGACCAGCACUCCAUACAGUGAAUCACAUCACUGCUCUUGAAUAAGUUGUCUGCAGCAGUGGACUCAAUACUCACUUACAGUUUAAAGCCUGUAGCAGUAUUAAGAGACGGCUGUGAUGGCUGUGUUGUCUAUUUUGGUGGGAAAAGUCACCUCUGACAUCACGUUGACAUCACACACAUUAAGAUUGUCCCAGCUUAUUUAUGAUUCAAUCAAAUCAUGUCUCAGUCCUGCCGGCCCAUGACGGAGUGUCGAAGCCUCCAAACGUGGCGCCACACACAAGCAGUGAAGUGUAUGUUGAAGGGCGACUUUACUACUUACCCUGCACUUACAUGCCCUCUGUGUAAUGGAUACCAAGGCUUAAGUGGUAAUGGUGCAAUAAAAAAAAGAUACAGAGAGAGAAGGAAGAGGCGGAGAUGUGAAGGAAGGAGAAAGAGUGAAAGACAGAAAGGUAGGAGGGGCAGGAAGAUGAAGGAGAGGAAGGAGACAAGACAGAGGCAAGGAGAUGGGAAGGAAGCGACAUAGAGAAAGAGUUAGAGAGGAAGUGAAUAAAGAAAAACCACACAGGAGAAAGUUUGAGACAAAAAGAAGGAGGAGAAGUGGAAAGAUAAAUGGCAGAUGAGACAAAAAAAAAAAAGAACAAAAGACAAACUGAAAAAGAAAAAUGAUUCAGGAGAAAGAUGAGAGAGGGCGGAGAGGAAAAGAAAGAUGGUGAUGGAAGACAAAAGAAAAAGCAAGACAGCAAUAAAAGAUCUCACAAAGAAAGAAUUGAGACAGAGGAAUAGUAAGUGGAGAAAGAGCUCUUCAGCUGAUUGCAGCCUUUUGUGCUAUAAAUCUUUUUUUUCUCACAGAAUGAAGCCUGUCUGUCUCGCUCUGUAGACUCCUGACAGAAAUAAACGGCUCUAUAUUCAGCUUUAUUGAUCCCAAACUCUCUGCUCCCUCCCUUCUUUUAAUCUCUCUCUCUCUGUUGUGUUGUGUCUGUACCUCUCAAUAUCUACCAUUUCAUCUUAGUCUCCCUCUUUUAGCUCUGUCUAUGUCUGGCCUGGCAGAAGUCUGAGCUUGUGAAAAGGCUGAAAGUGGAAAAUAUUCAAUAGAGGAAACACUCUUGUUAGCAGAGGACGCAUAGACAGCUAUAAAUGUGUUGCUAUCUUUUAUUAGUCUCAGGGAUCGAUGCUGUGAAGAUCGGUUUAUUGUUUAGUUUGAGUUUUAAUGUGGGACUUAUUGAUAGCCGACAGACGCUGAUGGCUUUGCAUUGCUCUGUUUAAAUAAUCCUGUUGAGCUGUAUCAGAUAAAACACAUUUGACAAGGUGGUAAACACCUGAAAUUUCAUCAGACGUGGGUACUUUGUGUCAUAACAAUAACCGUGUAAGGGUCUGUGUUUAUUAAACCUGUACAGCAGAUGUUUAACAUGCUAAAGCUAUCAGGAUCAUUCAUGAUGUCAACGUCUGCACAUAACUUUUUUAAGAUGAUGUUACUUGCUAGCCUACUUCAUUGGAGGGACUUCGACAGCAGGAGUUUCAUGACUGUUGAUUUAUAACAGUAUUAGUCGGUGGUCUUUAAGCACAUUAGCCAUCUGACAGGAGUUUCUACCUCAGGCGACAGCCAACAGCAGGGAUUUUCAUGACACAUGAUACCAUACUUUAGUAUUUAACUUCAUAUUUCUGCAUGAGGCUGGUGUCUUAGCCCACCCUAACCAUGGUUCUAAACUGACCCAGGUUGAGCAGGUCCCAACAAGCCAAAUAUGAGACAAGGGGCUCUAUUUUCAUGCCUGCCGGUGGUGCGGUGGAGGUUGGCGCACCCCGCGCAGUGGUAUUUUCAUCUGGCAGAGCCCGGUGCACAGCCAGUUUGGUAUUUACAUGGACUGAGGUGCACCGAGGUCCGCCAAGCUGGGCGUGGUGGCGCGGUAGGGGGAGGUGUCGACAGAAUCAGCUGAGGCAGUGACAUUUUCGUGCUUGCCGGCGGCGUGGAAAGUGCGCUGAAAGCUCGCUGAUUCAAACCUGGUCAGCUUUCAGCACAGGCGGAGUGCAGCUGGUCUAGUGGUAUUUUGGUAGACCGUCGGCGUAGUGCGCAUACGUCACCGAUGAGUUUGUGUUGUGAUCUGUGCGCACAACCCACCUUUGUCACGUUAGGUUUAAAUAUAUGCAACUUCAUGUGAUUGUCUUUAUUUGUGGAAAAGGAUGUUUGUCUUACCAGUGGGUCCAACCUUACACACAACAAAUCCCUCUGUGCUUAUAUGAGACAGUGUGGAGGACGCCCUCCGUAGCGCUUACAGCGACACUUGUUGAGGGGCUGCCUUAUGUUGCCAUCAUGUGGCAUUGUUGUCUUCAGCCAUCUCUUGAUCGCUUUGACUACUUCAUGAAAAUUGUACUACGCCUCGCCGGAUCUAAAGGAGAGCAGAGGAGCUGAUCUGAUCGGUGAAAACAGGUCUUGGCUGUGUUAAACUCCACGCCCUCUCUACGACUUAUGACGCUGGGAGGAGCUGAGUUAGGGAGGGGGGAUACUUACGCCAGGCUGCACCGCUCACCAAAAUACCAAAAUGUGCUUGUUCGCGCAGCUGACCUGACUUAUGCCACGCCGCCGGCGAGGAACGAAAAUAGAGCCCAAGGAGUUUGUAAAUAUGGGAUAAUAUGAGACAAGUUACCACCAAGCUAAGUGGUCUUGUAGAUGCCAAUAUAAUGUUUAUCUGAUCACGAGAAAUUAAAAUUUAUGAUUCAAUUUUUGUAUAGACUCAGUAUCAACAUCAUCUUUGCUACAGUCUGAGUUAUCAAAACACACCACUCUGUAUCGGUGAAGACUUCCUCUUUCAGGUUUUAGGGAUGCAAUAGUCCUACACUUUGAAAAAGAACAAGAGCCAAUCAAGAGCAGAUGUCAUCUCUAUUUGUGACAAAAAGCAGGACACUUGGUCACUCUGGACUUGUCGGCUCGAUCGAAAUUUGGGAGGGAGAAAAUAUUUGCAGAGCGAGUGUUGUUUUUGAUGCAAGGACCCUAAACAAACAGCAUAUCCACCAUCGAGCUGUUAAUGCCCAGCAGGAGAUUUUGCAAGAUAAAGUUCAAACAGAAAAAAAGAACAUUUUGUCUUCUUUUUUUUUUUUUAUUUCAAGUCUAUUUUGGCCUUUAUUGACUGAUAGACAACAGUGAAUGAAGUAGGAAACAAGGGAGAGAGAGGGGAAUGACCCACCUAGACCACUUUGUUAUUGGAGUCCCAAGUCCCUCUUUUUUUAGACAGUGAAGUAUCUGCAUUUUGUAAGAAGACAUCUAACUGUGUGUCUGGUGUCAGAUUACACAUGCAUGCACUGUGUAUGGCUGGUAAAUGCAAACACUGAGCCCUGCACACGCAAACGCUAUUCAACUCUUUAUUUAUUAUGAAACUAAUUUGAGAUUUUGUUUAAAAGGCUAACUCUUGAUGUGUUGAUGUCUGAGUUGAGGCUUUCUGAAAUUAUGAUUUCUUAUAUUAAAUAGACUACUUUCUACUCAGCUGCAUACAUUUGCCUUUACUUUGUUGUCUAGCUUUGUUUGUGUAGCUUCUGCUCUUUAAACUUUCUGUUCUUAAAAACUUUUGCUGUAAGUUGAUGGUUUCAGACAAUCAAAGUUCAUCUCUGUCCACCUGCAGAAGCGAUCUGUGGGUAGAGUGGGUUAUCUCUGGCACUAGAUGUUCUCUCUCUCGGUGGAUUCCAUUAGUCAAGCCCAUCAAACUACCAAAUGUUGAAAAUGUAUUUUUAAAUGAGAAUACCUUCCGAUUUCAGGCCACAUGGUGCAUUUAAUGGUUUUAUAAAGAUUUCACAGCCUCUAAUGGAGUGCUUUUAUUUUUGUAUCCAUCGCGUUGUGGAAAAUGGUGUCCAUCAGCAACAGGACAGAGGCAUGACAGAGAGGAGACUGAGGCUGUCACGGUAAAGCUGCCAAGCUGUGAUCUAUCUUUGUGGUGAGGAUGAAAACAGUCUCUAAUGACUCUGCUGAGCUCUUCUUUCUCCUCUCUCCUCUCUCCCUCUCUGUCUGUAAAAUGAAACCAGAGCCUGCUGGCUCACUCCCUUCCUCUCUUUUAACUUUUACAUUUAAUAAACACUAUGAAUAAAAUGCAAAGCAUGAUGUAGAAAGAAGCAAAUGAUAAACUGGUCAAGAAUUGUAAUCGGUAUAAUUAAGUAUGGAGUUAGAUAAAUGUAUUAUUGUGGAAACUACUCAUAAAACUUUUAACACAGCUUUUUUUUCUAAGCAGUUUUUUUGCAUUGUAAUAAAACUGCAAGAAAAUGUUAGAAAUUGUGGUAACCCUUUCUUUUACAGUACACUUAUUACCAGGUAAUUAUCAGGUAAUUACCUAGUAACAACAUGAAGUUAUCUGGUAAUUACAUGAUAACUACUAAGUCAAUACUGUCUAGCUACCAGGUAGGUAACCUUCCAUCAUCAUACAAAUUUGAAGCCGAAUUACUCUGGUAUUUCCAGGAUUUUCUCUGCUUCCUGGAACCACAACUUGCGCAGUUGCAUUGUACACAUUCGGCGGGUGAGUCGCUGUGAUGAUGCUCGGCUCAAACAGCGUAUCGCUACGCAAUCUUUGCACGCCCAUAGGCUGUAUCAAGUGACAAUCGUAGAAAAUAAGAACCCCAAAUAGCUUUUGAAAAUGGAGCUGCACAGAAAAAAGAAAAACUAGACAGUAUUGACUUAGUAGUUAUCAUGUAAUUACCAGAUAAUUUCAUUUUGUUACUAGGUAAUUACCUGUUAAUUACCUUGUACAUGUAUCAACUCUUUUUAGACUUACUCUAAUGAUACAUGUAAUUUUAUCUUUGCUUAGCUGCAGAAAGGAGCAGGAUCUAAGAUUCAUAUUCUGAAAAGUCAAUCCGUGAGUCAGCUUGAAUUAUAAAAUGUACAUCAGGGUAUCAUCACCUUAGUGUUUGAUUUUGAGGUUGUGUUUUCCAAAGUUAUGGGGUGUAGACUUGCUCUUCAUAUAGAGGAUUGAGGUACAUAUAGUACACCAAUUUUGAGAGGCUCGGCAUAAUUUUUUUGACGUAUUCGUAGAAACUUGUAAUAUUUGCUUAAUUUACUGAAUAGAACAUAGACAGAAACCUUAAGAGUCAUUUUUGUCACAAACUGGAGUUUAUGCAAGAGAUGGUGAUGAUAACUACAUUUGAUAAAAUAUUCUUAUAAUUAAACUUAGCUCCUCCCAAUCAAUCUUUGAUUUUUCUAUAACCUCUGGUGUCCUUCCUUUCUUUCUUCCUUUGUACUUCUCUUGUCAUCCCCUGUUUUUUUUUUAAAUCUUACUCUAAGUUUGUUUUACUCUCUUCAUUUCUUCAUUCAUGGUCCUCACUCUUUCACUCACUCCUCUCUUUCCUUUGUCGUGCUUUUUAAUUUCCAUUUCUCCUCCCUGGUCCUCUCUGCCUUGUUUGUCCUCUCCGUUUCUGUGGAAUCACUUGAAACUGCUGCUUCAAUAAAACAUCAUCUUGAUGUUUCUAUUGACGUAAUGCAGUCCUUGACUCUUGAAACCUCUGUUUAAUACAUUGAUGUGUUUUCUCUGAGUGUUACUAGCUCUCAAUGCCCGGCACUCCACUCAACCCUAUUCAGGUGAAUAGAAAAGGCUUUAAGGUGGAGUAAUGACUCUCAGCUGCCAUAUUGUCAGACUCGACCUCGGGGUCAGUUGUUGGUGUCAACAGCUGGUUGUGUUGUGUUGUGUUUUUUUUUCUGUUUUUUAGACUGUGCGUAAAAUGUAUUGGUGAUUUUUGAACCAGGUCCCUAAUUUUAUGUCAUAAUGGACUUUAUUAGCUGUAGAUAACCAGUCUGACUGAAGCUGACAGCCACAUAAGCUCCAGGUGGUGGUUCCAACUUGGUCGACUAUGUGCUGUUUUCAUCUUUUUUUAUAACUUGUUCAUCUGCAUACACAGAAAGACUCAGACAGAAAGUCAAAUUUUGUGUGUCCACAUUCUUCUCAAAGCUGAAAGAUACUUAAUUCAGCCCUUUGCCCAGUUAGCCCCGUGUAUCUUCAACUGGUCUCACUGCAGUUUGUGACACAGUCAUCAAACAUACCACCAGUUUUACAAAGAACCCUGUCUAGCCUUUCCAUUCCCAAGCCCUCCAAUACCCCCCCUUGGGUUCAUACCCAUAGACUGCUUAAAUGGAAGUUGCAUUGGUAAAGACACCCACUGUUUUGUCACAACCUGUUUUUCAGUCGACCUGCCAGGGGCUGGACUUUAGCUUCCUCGAACCAGGCUUUAAACAUGUUAUCUCAGAAACUGGGCUUUUUUUGGCUGAGUUGUUGCAGUUUUUAGCACUUCUGCAUCAGUCAGAGGUUUCUCCUUGGUUAUUUCCCACCCUUCCCAGUCCCUCCCCUGGUCAAGAUAUCUAAUGACGACCUCUUACUACAGGAAUGCUCAUUGUAAUCAUUUCCGAUGUCUAACUUGGGAAGUGUUGGUAGAGCAAGUGCAGAAAGACAACAUCUUCUGCCAGAUUACCAGUCUUUGUCUUCGUAUUGAAAUGAGUCAAAAGACAGACCAUUAAUAAUUGCAUUGGAGUUGCUUUAUAGUUGAUGUAGCUAACCUCUUCUACAGUGUGCACAUGUCCACAGACAAGCGAAGCGAGGAUGGAAGGUACCAUUCAGACUUCGACCAAAACUUGAGUGUAUUUGACACUAAGAAGUUUGGGGUUGUCACCAUAUUUGACAUCAUCUCUCAGAUUAGUGUCUUUAGUGUUUUUGUCCUGUCAAAGGUGUUUUAAAAGACAUUUCUUAUAAUGUGACUGUAGUGAAUAUUCAUGGAAUAUCUGGAAAAUCUUGGUGAAGGUUUAUUAGAGAUACUUCUUUGUGGCUCACAGAUGAUGACAUAAUGAUGGUUGUGCUGUUUAUGAAAACAUGACGAUUAUGUGGCUUUUAUUUCAAAAGGUUUUGGUUUAAAGAAAGGAGCAGGACAAGUCGUGACAAAGCCACAUGACAGUGAAUCACAUGCUGAAAAACAGAGUGUGCUCUCUGUUUUCUGCUGAUCUCGUUUGCAGUUAGAGACGCGUUUAGCAACACCGUGAUGUCUGUGUGUGUGUGUGAGAGAGAGAGAGAGGAGCGCUGAUGAAAGACAGAGGAACCCUGCUUUAUUGAUCCCAUUGAUUCACCCCUUACCUUUAAAGAAAAGCCACCCCUCCCCCCUACCUCGCUCUCACCCCUUCUCAAACCGGUAAACCCCUUUUGAAUAAUAUAAUUGCGUAUUUGAACCUCACUGUAACCUGGACUAGAGGAAAAAAAUCCUGAUUGAAUCACUCGAGCGUGCUCUUUUCUCUACUGACAGCAGACCGAGAGUGGGUGUGUUUGUGAGUGGGUGGGUGCCUUUGAUUGCUCCCUUUUUACACGUAAAUGUCUGCACUUUUUCUUUUUUUUCAAACCUCUGUCUGGGUUGAACUGCUGCUGAGCUGCUUUUCAUGGUGCUACAGUAAGCAGAAAACAUACAGAGGCAGAGACAGGGGGGGAAAGUGUACAUUUGAUACCUGUGUACACUGCUGGAAAUAACAUUUCAAACACUUAUUAGUUGACCUUUAUGACACAUUUGAUCUUUUCAUGUCAGGUCAGUCUCACUUUUCUCUCUCUUGUGAUCCAAAGAGGGUUAAAAAAAACAGACAUUCUUGGACACCCAUAAUAUUCAGACUGAUGCUGUCUCCCCUGAUAUUGAAUCACUUUCAUAACCCAUGUCUCCUUAGGUAUAAAGUAUGUACAAGACCUGCUUACAUGGUGAGAAAACAAUAAUUCAUGGCUCUUAUUUACGGCUGUGUGAAUGGUCCUUAGCGUCACUUUUAUCUGCCUGGAAACAACUGAAAAUUUCUUGAAGCUGUUUUAUGGUGGGCUGCACUACCAACUGAGGAAAGAGACAGAUAUUCGUUUGUGAAAAUGUACCUGAGAAAAAAAAAUUGAAGAUAUAAGCGGAUACAGGCAAUGAAAUGAGGAAACGUAAGAAAUCCGGAUGCACUCAAACUAGCGAAGACCAAGUUUUGUUAUCUGUUGUGGCAGCUGUUACUGCUGAAGUAUGUCAUAUUUGGUGACCAAAAGCAGAGCAACAAAAAGUUAAACAAUGUGAAUAUACUUUUUCACUCUGGCAGGCCAAGUUGUUUCUUUGACAGGCUCAUUUUUGUUUUUUUAGCAUGUUCCACCUGUUUUGUGUAAGGUUAAGACCAUGACAACUGAACCUCGUCAUCAGUUACUUCCAUUGUAAAGGAGUGUAAGAGAAAGUAUGCAAAAAUACUGAAGAGAAAGCUCAGAAUAAAGACAGAUCAAGGAAGCUUAGGCUACAUUCACACUGCAGGUUAUGAUGCACAAUUCAGAUUUUUUGUUAAAUCCGAUCUUUUUGUGCGGUUGUUCACAUUACAACAACGAAUGUGGCAUCUAAUGUGAAGGAACUACUCAGAACUACUUUAAGACGCCUGUGUGGGUGAGAGUUAGGUCAAAUUAGGUUAGACUGUACGCGCUACCUCCCCCUAAUUUCCUGUAUAACAUGGAGAUGAGAAAGAGAUUUAUAAGAUGGUAGCAAGAAAUCAGAACAUAGAAAGAAAAUCUGUUAAGGCAACAACUUAACUCCUCCCACAGUGUCAGACUGUACACUCUACCUCCCCCUACCUCCUCAUCUCCACGAAGGAAAGGUGGAGAGAGAAUAAAGAGGAAAAAAGGAAAUUUUCUUUAAUUUUUUUUUAUGCCCAUGUGGCAUCAUUGCUUCUUAUCUAGACCCACUUUCAACUCAACGUAUCUAAAUAUCAUACACCUCCUUCACAGAGUCUUCCCAUGACAAAGUCAGUUUUAUGACAUAAAUUAUUUUGAAAGCUAUUUUUUAUCAGUGUGACUUAACACAUGAAUGAAUGUUAUUAAUUAUAGUAAAAGCAGCAAAAAUAUCCUAGUUGUACAUGUAGAAGUGUAAAUAUUUAUAUCAUGAACAGAUCAGUCAUAUCUUUCUUUUUUCCUUCCAAAGAUCACACUGUACACAUAGAGGUUCAAUGUCCAAGUACAGAUAAUUUGGACUUUGAAUAGACAAAAACACAAAUCACAAAACUGGACUCAUGUGGAUGUUCUUCCACAAAGCAAGUCUUAUCAUAUCAAUAAUAUGUUUAUGCCUCUAUCAUCCAAGGAGAGUGGUCAAAGUGAAAUAAUAAUAAUAAAUACAUGUUUUUUUUAAUUAAAAUAAAUUCCAAUCUUGAAGCUGUUAUUUCAGAUGUUUUAAUUUAUUGAAGUCAUGCAGUCUCUGUUUACUGUAACUUCAUGUGUGAUGACUCAGAACAGACUAUGCUCUUUUACUCAUUCUCAGUAACACACACAAGAGCACUCAAACACACACCUACACACAAAGACACUGAUCAUAUUUUCAGACUCCAGCAGUGUACGGGUCUCGCUGUUCACCGUAUUCACAGAUCAAUAGUGCCACCUGUCAGCGGCUGACCGUAUUACAGCCACAACAGUCUGACUCCUCACAGUUUGGAGGCUUCACAUAAAUUCUUAAUAACGUUUGAUUUAAUUACUCAGAGAACAAAACAGGAGGAAUGAACAAUUAUUUUCUCUGAAACACACAACAGGGACAUUUAAGUUUGAGUCAGUCAGUCCAGAAACAAGAUUCAGGGCUCUGAGGGCUUUGAAGGGACUGGACCAUCUAUCAUGAGACAAAGAGAUGGAGCAGCAGAUAAAAAACAAGCUGUGAAGAGAGGAUAAGUAGGCGUGUGUGGGUGAAUGUGUGUGCAGUGAGUGUACUCUCCUCUUACAUAAUAGUGUAGUGACCAGAUUGAGUCAUUAUCAUCAGCGGGGCACUGACUCUGCAUGAUCAUUGAGGUGGGUAAUUAAAACAAACACAGGCAGACUUUCAUCUCUUCUUAUUGACCUAAACACCACUGCACAUAUGAAAGGGGGUGUGCUGUUAAUGUUUUUGUUGUUGUUGUUUGUGAUUUACUGUACUUAUUCUAUAUUUUUAAUACACUGCAUUUUUAAAGAGUUCAUUUGACGACAAAUUAGACAAAAUGAUUGAAUCAAGAAAACCCCUAAACCUUUCAAUGGUCCGUUUACUCUACUUUUGAGUGUUUUUGGUGGUAUUUUUGUCCUGAACGGAAAGUUUUAGGUUCGGAUGGCUGGAAAUAGAAGGAACUUUAAAAAAAAUCAUUUUGAAACAUGUUUUUUUUUUUUUUUUUCUCGGGGGUAAUGAAGCAGUGGUUUCCAAGUAGGGUUAGGGUUAGCGUUAGGCUGUGUCAUAGUUCUCUCUCUAUACAGUCAUAGUUUUAUUCUGCGAGAAUCAUGUCUGACAUAGAGUAAGCAUUUAAAAACACAAUCCAACUGGGCCAGACCCUGUCUUUAUGUUUACCAUCUUUGCAGUGCGCCUGCUGCAGCAUUCCCAAAGCAGAUUGUGCUGCUCAUCUUGAAACACUUAAGGACUCAUGAGGAAAUUUUUACAAAUAAUGUGCAACCUGCAGCACACAGAUUGUCUCACUCAGGUACAUGACUAUAUAUUUUUUUUCUUGAACUUAAGUUAUAGUAAAAGUUUGACUUUAAUGUCUGUAAAAAGACUGAAAACUCAAACAAACAUGCAAAGUGAGAGUACUUAAACUAAUACUAGACGUCCACUGGUCAACAAGGCCUUCUAUUUGUUUCAAUGACGACACAAAAUCCUGCUCCAGUAUUUAACUCUUAUUGAAACAUUGGCAAUAUUAACUUUGUUUUUGUCUCUUCCUCCUAUCAUCACCCUCCUCCCCUCUUCCUCUCCUCAGCAUGCAAACGGAAGGAGCAGGACAAUGGGAAGGAGCGCAACAACACGCCAAAGAAGUCGCGGCUGGUCUUCACGGACCUGCAGCGGCGCACCCUGCUGGCUAUCUUCAAGGAGAACAAGCGACCGUCCAAGGAGAUGCAGCUCACCAUCUCACAGCAGCUUGGCCUUGAACUCACCACUGUCAGCAACUUCUUCAUGAACGCCCGUCGCCGGAGCCUCGACAAAUGGACAGACGAUGGAGCCAGCCCCGGCGGCCAAUCUUCGGCGUCCAGCACUUGUACCAAAGCGUGAUAAAAGAUGGGCAAGGAAGGGGGGAGGGGAGUGACAGGGAGGGGUGGGGUCUUGGGUUGGGGAUCCGGGGAGGGGUUGAGGGAGCGGAUGGAGGUUUUGUCCAGUUGAAGGGACGAGGAAAACCAAACUUUUUACAUUUUUCUUUUGUUUGUUUGCCUGUUUGUUUUUGUCAUGGGUGACAAACUGAGAGAGGGGCUGCUCACUGUGACGACUUGUUUGUAGCCUAACCGCCUUUUGCAAAUCCAUUACACAUCCAUAAAAGAAGCUGAAGGGUAAACUCAACACAGAAACCUCGCUGUUAAACAACUAAAAAUUCCACUGCAGACACACUAGCCCAAAUACCAAAGACUAGAAGACAGUGCGUGUUUUCUAUUAUGCAAUAUAAGCUAGGAACCAACCAACUAACCAAACAACUUAGCAAGAAUCCAGUGAAAGCUUCAAGACUGCAGAAUGUCUUAUAAGCUCUGGGAUCAAUCUCACUAGAUCAUAUUUAACCAACAAUCUCCAAAAUGCUGAUGGUGCAAGUAUUUGGUAAACAGGAGGUCAGAUUCUGGAAAUUGCACAGCCAAAUUUAUGCAGCUGAUGUGGCCAAAUUGAAUCAUAAACAAAAGAUCUUACUCGAAACAAAACCAAAAAUCAUGAGGUCUUAUUUCUGGGUCAAAACAAACCAUACAAUGAUUGAACACCAAAGCUCUUCUUGGCCUUCGAAGUACAGGUUGGAUAAACUAGCUAAGCAGCUGUCGUGUUCUGUACUUGUUGGUGAAUGGUAAUGGUUAAUAGAUUUGGCUGUGCAGUCCCUGAUUCCCAACGUUGGUUUAACAAUGGGAAACCAAAAUCUGAUUCCAUUAGACAAAACUGACAACAUUUCAGUCAAACGUAACGAUUUGACUUUAUAAAGAUUCUUAAACUCGGUAAAAUAUGCAAGCACAAACACACACAGAUACACAAGCAUUCGCCAAGGCACAUGCAGCUUUCCUCAUGAUUUGAGCCAACAUGUAGAGUCACAAGUUUUCCCAGCAUACUACGUGGAGUAUGAGUGAACGAUACAUGAAUAUAUACAACAUAUGUGAGCACAAUCUUGAAGCACAUUUUCUUUGCAAUAGAACUGGGGCUCCCUGCCAAGCCGAGUGGUCUUCACAUCUUAGAAAAACUCAGGAUACCAUUUUUUCUAAACGGUGGCUGAGAUCCAUUCGGCAUCUGUUUUUACACACUCUGAAGUACGAAUGAACACACACACACACACACACACACACACACACACUGUUGUAGACAAGAUGAUCCAUCUGCUUUACAGAAACACUGAGUUCAAAAGAUUCAUCUCCCGAAUAAUUCCCCCCAAAAAAGUCAUUUUCAGCAAAACCAAAGCUAAGCUCCAGGUUUGCCCAAGCUUCAUCCAACCAUCAUUUGUGUUACCAUUUUUAACUCAUAUGUCAAGGCAGCAGCUUCCUUUCAGCAUCUUAGUGUUAGCACAAUCUUUGUUUUGAGUUCAAACAUAAUAUUAUUUCUUUUGAAAACUGGUGCUGUGUGAUUUUUGGCUGACGAACUGUGAUUUUUAACAUUCUCAGUCAAAUCUGUCAUGAACUAAAAGUAGUCUAAGAUUGGUCGGCAUCGUUUUCAGUGCACAAACUCAAACAUGCAUAACUAUAGGACAAAAUAGAAGCUCCCAUCUGGACUUGGAUGGUUGCAGAAUCGACGUAAAAUAGUGAAAGCCCAAAACGAAAAGCAGUUUCAUGUCUCAGUAUGCCAGUUCACCACUGUUCAAAAUGCCACGUUCACCCCAUCAAAGAGGGUCCACUGAAUUAUACAAAGGGGUGAAGUGACAUACACUCUUCAGACAAUCUAUUCUUGAAAGCAUUUUGUCAUGAAACUUUACCCUAAAUGAAAAACCUGAUUGUAGUUUCCAAAUCUUUCCGUACGUUUCAAAAACAUUGUCGAAGAUUAGUCAGAUCUUAAAGUAUCCCUAUGCAGAGUUUGUGCACAAAUGCAGGACUGUGAGAUCAUUCUUGGUUCCUCAUAGCUUUACAAAACCAUGAUUUUCCAGAUUUAUAGAGCUAAAAUGCUUUUUGGAAGCCUCCAGCUGCCGACAAAGAUAUCCCCAAGACCACAAACCAGAAAAUCGUACCUGCCACACUGAGGGGAAGACACAACAGCAGAACCAGUCAACUGACUGAACCCUCGGAGGACGAACUGUCCGGGCGAAUCAGGGCCUUUGUAAUAGUUAAAGAGGACAAUCUAAAGACGAUGCCUGGCAGGUCUGUCUCUUCCAGAGGGUCAGUGAGCUGGAAAACAAUAAGACAGGGAUCAACGCUGCAAACAAAUCAUGAAAGCCAGACUGUAUAUUCAGACAAAGAGAAAUCUACAACCUAGAAGACUUGAUUUUUGGUCUUUGCAGCGUAGGAGAGCUGGAUGCUUGAUAGAAACCCCUUUCAAUCCACUUAAGACUGACAGAAAAACUCUGCCUGUCUUUGUGUCCUAACAAAAUCCACCGAGCAUCCGUCACUACCAAAUCCCAUUACACCCAUCAGUUUAAUUUUCACACCCUCACACUGUACAGCCUGAUGUAAAUACUACGAAAACCUCAAACAUCACCGCCUUCACCUCUGUCUUAAUAGGCUUCACCGUCCGCAAUCACCUCAUCAAUCAUCUCACUCAAGCUAUUGAACCAAAAAAGAAACAAAACCAAAGGAAAGGCGUCAGUCAGCAGCCCCUGCUCCUUAGAAAACCCCAGGCUGAGUCCCGGCCUGGUUAGAGGCAAGCCAAAGGCUUUAAGAACGAUUUAAAAUAAAAAAUGGACACUUGAGACUUUUUCUAUUUAUUGACAAAUCGAAACCAAAGAAAACCUUUUUCUGCACCUAACUGUUCCAACAAACAGAAAAAAACUAACUGAAGAUGGAAGAGAAUUAUUACCAAAAAGAAAAAAAAAAUCCAAAAAAAGAGUGGUGACGAUGUCGAGGAUAGAGGAUGACGUCAUCGACGAGGAGAUGGAGGGAGAAAAGAAAGAAGGGUGACAUCUGGGGAGUGGCGAAGAAGUAGCUUUGUUCUGCCUGAUGUUGCAUCAGGCCAUCUUUAAGGGGAAGCAAGUUUGGGACUGAAAAGGGUAAAACCACAGGGGGAAGGAGGGAAGGAACCAACGGAGGAUGCCGUCGCCCAUUUUCUUCCCUCCGACCCCCCAAAAAAGGCAGAACAUUAAUGUGUCUCUCACGGUUGAAGAGUGUCUUUAACGUGUGCCUAUGCAGUUUUUCAAAGUAAAAAAUGGUUAAAAGAACAACAGAAACCUCAUCAGCUAACAAACCAAAGAUCCACCGUUAACUUCAGUAGCAGUCCUCCUCCCCCCUAAAGAGAGAAACCUCUACUGCUACGACUUUCACAAACCGGGACUCUACAUCUGUGAAAAACAAACUUGUUUAAGUUAGUGUGUUAGCCAAUCAAAGUUGACUUUUUCUCAAGAGUAGUGUUUCUUUUUUUUCUUGAUUCAUUCAAGGUUGUAAACUCGCCCGUGAUGCUCAUAACCUUUGUCAUCAGGAUAGUCAGUAUUUAUGUAGUGUGCUAACCGCUUCAUUCCGUUAACCUGUUUUCAGUUCAAGCACUAGCACACACCCAGUGUUUGUUGAAUUUUGGCUUUUCUCCAGCAUGGCAGCCGUCAUACUUUAAAAUGUGUCACAUAUACACAAUUUUUGUCACAUUUCAUAACAUCAGUGAAGACCAAAAAGUGUAAGAAGCCUCUAAGAUUGACGCUGUAGCUUUAUUUCUCUUCCAUUCGUCGUGUCUUUCCCGCCAUAAGUCAUGCCCUGCUCCACAGGACAAAGUCUACCUCCAACAAUCUCCUGCAGUAGUAGCGAAAGCUGCCAGGCAACAGUACAGGCACGACGUCUUUCUUCAUUCCCUUUCAUAUCCAAGCUAGAAGCAGCUUUGUGCAUCCACAUUGAGUAAUCUCAAAUGCUUCCAUCUUCCGCUCAGUUUUGGGAUUCAAACACGCCUCUUGUUUUUGUUAAGCUGGCUGUUGUCUGGCGGAUUUACUACUGCGGAGAUAGUGACAAAAAAAAUGCUAUGUGAAGCGUACAGUGCAUACCAAAGAUUUUUUGCUGUACAAACAGUAGCACACUGACACCUUUUGCUUUGGUCAUACCCCUUCAAUCAAUUUCACUUUUGCUUUAGGGCAGUUUCACCGUUGUCAGUAUUUCAUGUCCAAGGAUUUCGUAUCCAAGUGAAAAGAAGGCGGGCUUCUUCACUUUGCUUGUUGAGAUGUGUUCAUAAAAGCGUGUAUAGAGUGUAAGAAGACAACAGAAGUGUAAAUGAUUUGACUGUCUCGGUUACGGAUCUGUAAGCUAGAUGUUUGGCGAACUCCAAAAGCCACAAGAGCUUUGGUUGAAGAACAAAACUUUGAAAAUUUCAUUCCAUGAUUUUUCCUUAUUGCCCUGCUGGAGGAGAAGCCUCGCAGUGACAGUGAUGCUAGCUGUCCACGGCGAACACUGUUAGCGUUUUCUUUCGGGGGGAGGAACCAUGCUGCUGCUCCAUUUAUACAACAACAAUAAAUGAAACAAACCAAAAAUGCUACACCUGCUGAGAGAAACUGCUAAAUAUCGGUCAAAUAGCUUUAUCCUGAGUUCUCUCUCUCUUUUCUGUAUGUAAAGCUUCUAGUCCAAAGAAAUCUUCCGCCCACCUGACCCUCUCAUCCUUCUGACUGCGCCCAAUGGAGGGGCGCGGUUACGGUUCAGGGGGGCGGCGGCCAUUUUCCAUUCCCACUUGCAGUUCUGUCUGGAUGUAACACAGGCUAAACCUGCCAAACCAAAAAGAGAAAAAUAGGUACGAAACCAAAAAACUGUCCCAAAGAGGUUUUCAUUGCUUGUUUGUUUUUGAGUACUUAAAAAUUAUUUGCCAAUACUUGUAUGUCUACUAUUACUACUAUGUUCCUUUCUAGGUUUUUGCAAUAUGUGAUUUUUUUUUUUUAAUUUAAUGUGUUUUCUUUUAAUUUGUGGAUUAAUUUAAGCGAACAAAUUUUGUUGCCAAAUCUCCCUCUGAACCCUUUGACCCUUGACGAUGAUUAGCUUUGCCAAAGUUUACAUUGUUUGUUCCCUUUUCUUUAUGUUCAAUGCUGUAUUUAUUUAUGAGGUGUUUUAGAACACACUAGUUUUGUACUCAAUAAUAAUUUAAUGUUAUUUAAUUAGAUGUAAUUGUUUUUGAUGAAUAUUUAUGAGUAUUUAAGAAUGUUAGUUGCAUCAAAGAUGCAGUGCUUAUGCCAGGCCUGUUAAUUUAUUCUUAGUUAGCUUUACUUUAAAAAGCAAAUGAAAUGUUGUUUUAUGAAUGUUUAGAUUUAACGACAGAACAAAGUAGGAACGUCAGAUUAGACUACUAGUACUUCUGAGUGUCAACACUUGCUCUCACUCUUUAGCCAAUCUAGUUUUCGUCCUGGUACUGAUUUUUUCUUUCUCAAAAAUGAAAACAAUCUCUCUUUAUGACAAAAAUAGCUGACCAAAUGAUGAGCACUGCAUCUGAUUUUUUUGUUUCUUCCUUGUGGUUUUUAUGGCAAAUUUAUUGGUUGCUUUGUUUUUUGAUUUAUUUGCAUCCCACUGACCAUUGUUGAACAAGCAAUGAAUUUCAGACUGAUGUUUUAGUGACACUUGAUCAGGUGACGUAAGGGCCACACGUUGAUAUAAACUGACUCACCAAAGAUAACUGGAAUCCUUGAGAGGCCAAUAAACGGAGUGUGUUUCCAUCCACGCAGCUUGCACCCUGGUUAAGGUCUUAUUCGUACAUUCAGUUUGUGAAAGUAGAAACAGUUAGAGCUCCAGAAGAAAAAUGUAACUAGGUUAUACCUGAUUAACUAAGAACAGUUUAUUGCAAAUCUCUUAAAUUUGAUUGUUGCACGAAACAGCUGAUCUUCAAGACUCAAAUCUGCAUAUUUCCCAAACACCACAGCCUACGUACACGAGGUGCACAAUAAUACUGCUGGAUCAAACCAUCAGCCCAUGCCAAAAAUACACUUUAACAGCCUGUAAAUGAAACUAAUUGAUGUCAUUAAAAAGAUCAACAAUCUAUUUUCAGUUGAUCAGACAACACCAGCUCAAUAUCAGACACUACUGGUAUAAAUAGCUGCUAAUUUUUUAGAGUCAUCCUAACUUUAAAAGAUUCACAAGAAGAAUAACAGCAGGGUUUUUAUGUUAAUCUUUACAAAAACAACAGCAGAAAUGCAAAAUAAGGAAGGCAAUACAAGAUUAGACUGACAAGCCACUUCAUAAACCUCUAAAAAAAAUCCUGAACUAAAUCAAGCACAGCACUAUUUCUACUGUUGUGCAUCAGAGCAAACACACACAUUUCUGAGUGUUUCAAUGUGGUCUUAUAAGAGUUAAUCCAGAUUGAUAAAAGCAGGAGUCGAUGUGAACACACACCACCUGUACGGUAUAAUUCCAGCUGUGUGCGCACGGCUGCGUGAAUGCAAACACACCACCUUGUUUCACUUGUUAGGAAGGAAAACUGAGGAGUCCCUUAAAGCUAGCUGCUUCCAAGACUGACUUUGUGUGUACGUAAAAAGAAAAAAAAACUUUCUAUUUCAAUAGUGAGAACCAGAGAGGCUACCUCACUGACUUUCCAUUUGUCCUCUUAAUCGUGUUGAUGAAACCAAAGAAACCAAAGAUUUUUGUCCUCUUCAGUACGGUCUGCGCUCAGCUCCAUGCUUUUACUCUCAUUCUUCUCUUCAUAAGGAUAAUGAAACAUUAAGGCCUCUUUACCUUUCUCCAUCUCUUUCUCUCUUUUUUUUCUCCUCCCUGUCUUGGCCUUGCAUUGUCUGUUUUCCUCAAAGACAUAAAGUGUGAAGGGAAAAGGGGCAGAUACAAUGCAGGGUCAGGUUGGAUGCUGGAUAUCAGGGAACACAAAACGAAAAUGAAAUUUGCCACUUUUCGGGCUUAAAGUGGAGUUUUCAUUUCAAAUAGCCCAGUAUGACUUCUCAGCAAAGUGACUAGUUUCAGAAAGAAAGAAAACCAGGUCAUCCGUUCCCUUUUCUAACUUUCAACAACAGCCUGGCCAGUGCCACUUAUUUUAACACUGUAAAACAAACAAUACAAGAAUCCCAUUUGGCAACUAUACUGAAGGGAAGUUGGGCACAGUAAUCUAACAUAAUAUCACUUAAAGCAAAGUAACAAAACAAAGAUUAUGUCAUGGAACAUAGCAUUGCUCAACUCAACACAACCUGAACUGGCUUAACUCAAGGUGAUGUAACAUAACAAAACAGAACAGAAUAUAAAGAACAAAAACAUCACGACAUUUGCCACAAAAUCAAGUAAUGUGUAGUAAAAGUAACGUAACAUGAUUGCACCCAAAGUAACAACAUUAAAUAACCUAGUGUAAUAUAACAGGACAUGCUGCAUAGUAACAUGACAAAGAAAUAUGUCAUGUAAUGUUACUUAUCUCGUAACAAGAUGUGACAACGUAAAGUAACAUGAUACGUAACACAGAGUAACUAUAACAUUACACAACGACACAUCAUCAAAUGUAACUUAACAUAACUCAAUGUGACUUGACACACCACUUCACAAUAUGUCACAUCACAUCAUAUGACACAAAGUAACAAUAACCUUGCUUCACAGAAUGUAACUUCGCUUAAUACAACUUGUCAUAAUGUAACGUAAUAUUAAGCAACGUAACAUAUUCCGCGUAAUAAUGCAAUGACAUUUUAUAAACAGAUUUAGACUUUAAAAAUUGCCCGUUAUUCCUAAUGUCACCAAGUCAUUUUGGUCCUUGUGGUCCAAAACUCUAAAAGACUUAAAAGACUCAUUAUGCCUCAAACAAACCAGGUGGCAUAACAAAUAAAAUAAAAGUGUGUGUUACUUAUCCGCAUAAAAUAGCAAGAAGGACAUCACAAUCCUUAACUCUGAUGCUUUUUCCAAAGGAGGUUUUCUCAGGCCUUUUCUUUGAGGCAAAAGCCUUUUUGCAUAUGGACAAAAAAUGUUGUUUUGCACUGAAACUUAACAUCUGCAGAUUUACCAGACUUAAGUGAUAACAGGUUUUGUGCUCCUAUAGCUGAAGAAAAAACAGUAUUUUGUCUUGGAGUAGAAAGUGGUCUGUAUAGUUAUCCUCAUUCCCCUUCUUCCACUACAGGCCCUCUUUCGUCUGUUUCAAUGUCAGAUAACAUUUGUCCCUGUUUCUUCUCUAACCUGGUAAUUAGAUGGCUGACUGUCACCAGUUUUGUGCUGCAUAGCAACAGCAGGGGAGCAACACUGCUGUGAACCUCUCUGACCUCUUUCUGUUUGAGUCGUGAAUCUUGAAUCCUGUUAGAAACUGCUGCUUAAAGAAAACCUUAAAGACGAGGAAACUAUGACAACCAGACUUUAAACUCACAAGGCUCAUGGUGGUCAUCCUACAGUAAAAAGCCUGCCUGUGUAGUAUCUGAGAUGUCAGAUGAUGUAGUAGAGUCGAUACUGUGUUUUGGCUGCAAUGGAUGGGUCAAGCAGUACAGGAUUUUCAUAAGCAACCUUGGGAUUAAUCCCCUGGUGAAAAAAGUCAAGAUUGGGUUAUUUCACUCCACAGCAUAUUUUGUAAUGCAAACCUCAUCGUUUCCUGCCUGAACUAGAAAGGAAAGACAAUACUCCAACACAGAUACUAAAAGGCAGAUUGAAAUAAUAUUAUGACUUAUCAAAUGAUUCAUUAAGGACUCGAAACAGAUGCUUUAGGAAACCUUAAAACAUGCCUAAGGCACAGUUAACCAAGGUUGAAACAGAUGGACCUUUAAACAGAGUCUACUGGGUUUCUUGAGAUGAAACACAAAACAAAAUACAACAUGUGGAUCUUUAUCAAUAUACUUACCAAAAAAAUCAGGCAUCCUGGAGGGCACAACAAUCUUCAGCUGUUGUUUCAGUGCAAAACAUCAACGUCCCCUUAAGACACAAUAAAUGAACCCAUAGUAAUCAAAUCCUCGGUCUAUUAGUCUGGGGUUUUCUUUUUUUGCAGUUUUUAGGCCACCUUCCCCAAACCGAACCUUGAGGGACAUAAGAAAAUUGAAUUGCAGCUUCGACCAUAUGCUGAUGAUACUCGACUGUUUGGAAAAACAUUUAAUAAAAGUAGACUAAAGAAAUCAUUCCAGAAAAUAACCAGUCAGUAACAUCUCUUCACCAGCAUGGAGAAUAAAAGGAGUCAUUCCAGUUAAUUACAAGCCCAUUUUUUUAUUUGUUAAACUUUAAACUGUUUCUACACCACAAUUUGAUUCACUUUAUUAAUAUUUUUUCCCAUGAAAAUCAUGAUAUUUGAAUGGGAUUUGACUUCCAGCUGUGCCAUUUGGCGUCCCUCAACAAGCAUUUGGCUUAAAAAUCAACCAGGGAAGCCAAAUGGCAAUAAAUUUUUAACUUGUUCUACUUGUAGGUGGUUUUUAGUCUCUUAGUGUUGCACUUUGCAUUUCCAAACUGGGCCACUUCAAUAACAAAGACGUAGAGAGCGCUUUAGUUGCAAAGUAUGAGAUAACCUUGGAUGAGUGCCUUGCUUGAACCAAAGCGAAGUCUUGACCUCUCUGUUGUGCUGUCAGCUUUCUGUUCCUGUAAAAUACAUACCUCAGCACUGCUCACGAAAAGCGCUCGAGUUUCUUGUCUGUUCUCUGGUUCUUUGCAGUGCAAUCAAUGCGGAGACAUCCAGAGUUAAUACCAAAGUCUUACCUGUUCUGUUUAACUUUACUUUUUUGUUUCACUCUCUUCCCUUCUCCAAUCUUUCUGAGCUUGCUUUCCACUUGAAAGGUUUUAUUUUCCAGCUUCUCGUGGCCCAGAUUUCAUUUUCUCAUAACUGUGCAAAGGAGAUCAAGUCAAAUCAGAUUUUCCUUGUGUUUCUGCACAGUUACGAGGGAGUGAAAUGGCAGCUGCAAUGUUUGAAAGGUGUAAAAUACCAGCAAUUUAGCCAUCUAUCAACUGGAAUUCAUUUUCUGUUCGUUUAAUGCUGGUUGGUGCAGCAGGUAAGCCCCAAGAGUGACUUUACUCUAUCGUAUGGCUGUUUGAAUGGAAGGCCAAAAAUACUCAACCCUUCAGUGGAAAUGCAGCUCACUCUCUUUCUCAGUUCUCCUCUUUCUCUUCCCUCCAAAGGUUGCAAAGCUUUAAAUGAAGAAAACAUGGAGACAAAGCUGUGUGAGAGUUGUGCGCAGACUGUGCUCUCUUUACCAAACUGUUGCAGAUAUACCUCAUAGACACUAGUGUUAGGAUAAUGUUAUAAUAGCGUAUGUCAUAAAUUAUUCACUUGCUCUUCUUCCUUUUUAUUUUGGUGACUGUAACUUUAAAAUGAAACAAAUGUGGGGAAAAGCUUUACACAUUUUUAAGUUGUGAUUUUUGUAAUAGUUAAAAGGUGCGCUGAAACCAAAAAUGAAAAAUGCUUGUCUUCUUCUAUGCUCUCUUUCUUGUUGAUGUAUUUCUCUCAGUCCAAUUUGCCGAGGACUGAAGGAUUUAUGGUUUUAAAGCUUUAUUUUUUCUGCUUCUUUUAUAGGGGUUGUUUCCCCCCAAAUGUGGAUAUUAUUGAGAUUGGGAAAAAUUGUUGGAGCAAUGCCAGAAUUUUACUUGUUUCAACCCUAAAAUACUGUCUUUUAUAAAUCAUCGCUUUCAUUUUGAAUCCAGCCACAGUUCAGUUUAAUUUUAUGCAUCAUUUAAAAACUUUUUUGGUGUCCUGUGUUUUAAUGCUAGCAUCGCAGUUACAUCAUCCAUACAGCCGUGCUAUAGCCCAGAUUUAAUGCAUGAAUAUUUACGAUUAGCUAGCUGUGUAAUGCAUUGUGAUUCUUAUUAUCAACCUUAUUCUGACCAUCCUUUUUUUUAUUUAUUUAAGUCUCUUUUUGCUUUGCAGACCAAACUUUGCAUUACAUCUCACAUCAGUCUGACCAUUGACCUGUUGAUACGAACCAAAAGAACUUUUUCCACUGAAAUCAGUAAAAGAAUAAUGAGAUUUGUUUUUAGACUUACUGAAAAGAUUACCCAAAAUUAUUUGACUUUUUUUUAUUUUUGUGACAAGAAAAAUUUUUGACUAUGAAUGACAGGUCUGUUGUUACAAAAUUCAAUUCAGUGUUUAUUGGUCAGGGAUAUCCUAUUCUUCGGAUUACAUCUUCUUAAAGGAGGAGAUAGGGAGAGUGUCAGAACAAAAUGAGCCAAAGAGCAAAAUGAAACAGGGAGUUUUGAUUUAAGUCUCCUCAGCAUCUAACGAAAUGACCACCUUAGUCAGAAAAUACUGGUGUGCUAAAAGGAACAUCAGGGUUACUUGAGAGGAAGAUCAAAGAUUGUUAAAACUUGUCUAAAAGAUCAAUAAGAUUGGUGAAAAGUCGAAUUAGUUUCAUAACGUUCUGUGUAUGUUUAAAAGUUCUUGCAGUGUUACAAAAAGUCAAACCAAAGUAAAGUUUGAGCACUUCCAAAAACUUUCGUCUUCCAGAGCUGAUCAGCUUUGAGCUUUUCUCAGGCUGCCGUCUAUCUUUAAAGGUAAAAUUGCACAGAAGAGUUGCAUGGAUUGCUGUUUAAUGAAUAGUAAUGAAAUGAAGAUCAUAAGUGCGAGAGUAUCCUAUUGUUGAUGCUAUAAACCAUCCAAUAAUAAUUAAACAUUAAACAAAUUUGGACAUUCAAACUUAGCUCAAUUAACUUCUUACAAUUAACUUUGACAGCUUUAUGUUGACUUAUUGGUAUACAUUUAAUAAACCACCCAUUUGCCACAGAGCUCUCAUUUUAAAUAUGUCUUCAAAUUUGGUGUUAAAAGUGCAUCUUUUAGGUUGUAAACAAAACUCUAGCCAACAUUUUCUUUAAUAACAUAUUCUGCACUAAAGGGUCCACUAAAGGAUUUAUCUUAACUUGUUCAAAUGUGUAAUGUAAUGGUGUUACGGUCAGAACAGCAGCAGUAACAGGGACAAAAGGUCAAAGGUCAGAAUCACUUUUAUUCCAUCUUUAAGUUGCUGUGGGACUUUAACAGCUUCCUAACAGGUGAAACAUGGGACCUGUGUGGGAUUACAUUUUAAAGCGAUUUCCUCCCCAAUCAUAAAGUUUGACCAAAUAAUCCAAUCACAAACCCAGAUCAUUUCUUCAUUUCUGUGUCUUAUUUUCUUUCUUUUUUUACCAUUUUUCUUUCAUGCUCGUCAUACAGUAACCAAAAAUCAAAUGAUGCAUUUUUUUAUUUUCUACAUUUGGUUGUACCAGAAAAAGAGAAGUGACUGAAAACUUGUGGUGUGGAAUAAAAACGAUGAUCAAACAUGAAGGAGAUAUUUGAAGAAUUAAUGUUGUUCCACUCAAUGUAUAAAAGAAGAAAAAAAUCAAUAAAGAAAUCACAAUGGUCUUAUCCAUGUACAA